AUGCACGCUUUCGGUCCUGCUCCUGCUUGCGCGCUUUGGGUCCUGCUCCUCCUGGUUGCUUCGUGGCGGGCCGGGUCGACGGAGGUGCACAGCCUGCAGGGGAGCUGGCGGUUGAGCAACGGGAACGGCUCGCUGGUGCUGGGAGGAGAUGUGCCCGGGUGCGUGCACACCGCGUUGCUCCGACACGGUCUCAUCCAGGUACGAUCUCGCUGGCGCUAUCAGCCAGCCAAUCAGCUUCGGCUGCGCUGGUUCGAAAGUGAGAGUGGCGGCUGCUGGACGCUCCAGCGAAAGGCCAUUAGCUACGAGGGGGGGUGGUUGGUUACCACGUUUAUUUGGCUAUCGUUGUUGUUCAUUUCAUUUCUAGACCGCUUUAUAUUUUUAAGAAAAGAAAUAUCACGGCGGUUUGCAACACUGUUUUCAAGGGGAAGGGCAUGUGUCUAUGAUCCGCAACAACCCUUUUAGACUGGUUCACACGUGCAUACGCCCUUCACUUGAUUCCUCAAAGCUCUCGGUCGACUGCCGUGGAAAGCAUUGUGUUUUAAACGUGAUGUGAAGCGAGCGACAGGAAUGAGAUGGCUCAUUCAGACAUGCAUUCGCUACUUAAUACAGGUACAAGUAAUGGGCCUCUGGGUGCGUGCAAACUACACUUAUUGGAGGUCGAGUGGAACCUGAAGCAAAAAGUUGCAGUGUGCAGUGCUCUUCUUCAUUGGAGCAUAGGAAGAGCCCUGCGGUUACGUAGACUAGGCAUAGGCAAACUCUGCCCUCCUGAUGUUUUGGGACUACAACUCCCAUCAUCUCUAGCUAACAGACCAGUGGUCAGGGAUGAUGUGAAUUGUAGUCCCAAAACAUCAGGAGGGCAGAGUUUGCCUAUGCCUGACAUCUGUCCCACUUGAUCUGUUUCCAAAGUCUGUAUCCACAAUAUCUGUAUCCAAAAAGUAUCCAAAAGUAUCUGUAUCCAAAGCCUGUCUUAGCCUCAUUGAAAAGAGCAGGAGCAGCUCAGCAGAGCAAAAUCACUACCAUGCUUUUGCACACUUCCCAUUAGUUUCAGUGGGUCUUGCCCAGGAGAAUAGAGGUGUGUGUGUGUUGCAACCAGAGGUCAGCAGGGAGCAACAACUAAGACAAUAUAUUUAAGAAUGGCGAAAACUGGCUCAAAAACAAUUGGAUAUGUAGGUCCGUAGCAUGGUGAUGCACUAGACCUGAGUGUGAAGCAAAAUGGGUUGGUCAAAUCAUUAUGUUCUCAGUUUCCCACUUCAGCCUUUUUCAUUCAUUCCAUUAUAGCCAUUUAUGAGGAUAAUAUUUUCAGAUAGCUAAGUGCAGAGCUGAGCAAACCCUGGGGCUGCAUGUGAUCCUUGCACCAAUUUCUUGCAGCCCAUAGCUUUAUUUUAUCUGGGCAACUAGGAGGGGAAAUUGGGAGGAAAGGGGUUGGUAUUGCCUCCAAGCCUGUCCUCUUUUGUCUCUGGCCCUACCCAUGGUUGUGGCUCUGGCUAGAUUACCCCAAAAGGAAUCUCACCCUUGAAAGAAAAAAAGAUGGCUUAACCCUGUUUGAUUAUUUUUGAAUCAUUUGCUAUUACCACAUUUUAUUUAUCCCUUUUUGGUGCAAAUACUUUCUCUCUCUGCAUGUACAUUAAAUGGCAAAGGGGAAAACAGGUGUCCCUGAAGUAGGCCUACAAUGCAUGUCGUUUCUUAUAGAGGUGAUCAACCUGUGACUGGACUCUGCCAGUUCAGACUUUAGGUGAUGGCCCACAAUUAUUGAAUGCUAUUCCAUAUAUCUACAUAUAAAUUUCCAUCACAUAGAAAAGUAGUUGUUUUCUGUAAAAACCUUCAUUCUAGUUAUCACUCUUUGUGUUAAGUGCUAAUCAAAUUAAUUAAUGCACAGUAGCAGGAAAUAGGAUCAAAAUGCAUAUAUAGUAUUAAACAUGUAAUAUAAUCAGAUGUAUAGAGGAAUAAGGUUGUUUUUUAAAAAAUGGAAGUAUUUAUACAUCAUAUAAAAAUACAAAUCAAGCAUUAAUACUUCAUUUUGAAGAAACACUUUAAGAACAAUUAAAGGAAACAUUGUACAACUUAGAAAUAGCACAAAGGCUUAGUUUGCCUAAAUUUCCCAGUAGGUCAUUUUUACAAAUGUAAAGUGCAUGCAAGUGUAUUUUUGCAGGUGUUGUUCAAGGUUAAUGGAAGGCAUUGUGGAGAUCACACAGUGUCCCCGGAAGUUUCACCUUCUAUUGAUCCCUGUGCCACCACUUUAUUUCUCGCUGCCAGCACCCAGGCCCUACCUGGUACAAUACUGAGUCCAGUCAGGGUUAAAUUGGAACACAAACUUCUGUUUAUUUAUUGCAGUUUAACAAGCGUGUGGUUUCAUAAACGGUAUUGGUCAAUUACAAUCAUAGGAUGUCUAUCCAGACCUAUAACUUCCGCUACCUGCCCUCACUGACUAAACCUCCUCUCAGAUAUUUACUUGUCUUCCUAGCUCCUAACUGUUCCUGACUCAGCUUAUUUCGCUACAUUAACUCAAUCUCCCCACAGACUCUAUCUCAAUUCACUCCCACUCCAACCAACUCCCAAUGAACUCCCCUCUUCUGCCCCUCCAAGAGCUGGUUUUAUAGACCCUCUGACUCCACCCCCCUGGGUUCUGAUUGGGUAACCUAUUUAACUAUUUCACCUCCAGCAGUCUCAUGCAUGACUCGCAAUUCAGCACUUAUCUUGCAAACGAAUACAUGUGCGUUAAAUGUGUGUUGGAUAUGCUUUAAAAGCAUGGUGUGUGCAUCUGCCCACAGAAACAAACCUCUCCAUCCAGCAAGCUGGAGACCAUGUCACAGUUCAAGGACACAUUGCAGCCAGGCAGAAGUACUCAAGGAGGGCUUGGGGUGGAGCAAGUGAGGAGUGUGGCCUGGGAAGGAGGACUUGGCCUGGGCUGGAUACUGAGGCCCAGAGGACCAAAUUCAGGCCCCCUUGCCACCUCAGGCCUGGUAGAGAGUACUGUAACUCUAAACACAUUAGACUCUGUGCCAGGAAAAACAACAGCAACAACAUAGUUGACCUACAUCAUAACAACAACAAUAAUUUUAUUGUUGCCCCAGCCAUUCUGGGCAGCUUCCAGCAAAGUAUAAAAACACAACAAAACAUUAAAAAAAACUUCCCUAUGCCGAGCUGCCUAUAUAUACUGUGAAAUAAAAAAACAAGUUACAGGUAGGUAGCCGUGUUGGUCUGCCAUAGUCGAAACAAAAUAAAAAAAUUCCUUCCAGUAGCACCUUAGAGACCAACUAAGUUUGUUAUCAGUAUUAACUUUUGUGUGCCUGCACACUUCUUCAGAUACACUGAAACAGAAGUCACCAGAAAAACAAAUUUUAAAAGACCCUGCUGCUAUUUAUGAUAGGAAAAUGCCAACAUUGUUGUCUUUGAUGUUUCAGGUUGCCAGUUCCAGCUGCACCUAACAACCAUUCUGUCCCUCCCUGCUGUUUGGUUCUGUCUCUGCCCACCACAGCCACUUCCAGAACCUCAUGGCAGUCUCUCUUCAUCGGGUGCAUUUCAGAAACUUGUAUCAAGCCUUUCUGCUCUCCCUGUCCUUCCGAUUCCCUUCCUGGAACUGUCAAAACCGCCCAUCUGGUUGCACUUGUUUUCCCCAUGCAAGCAGCCUUAUGAAAUACCAUACAGUGGUACCUUGGUUUUCAAACUUAAUCUGUUCCAGGAGUCCGUUCGACUCCUGAAAUGGUUUGAAAACUAAGGCACAGCCACCGAUUGGCUGCGGGAGCUUCCUGCUCUCAAUCGGAAGCCGCGUUGGGCGUUCGGCUUCUGAAAAACGUUUGCAAACUGGAACACUCACUUCUGGGUUGGUGGCAUUUGGGAGCCUAUUUGUUUUGGAGCCAAGCCGUUCGAGCACCAAGGUACCACUGUAUUUACUCGAAUGUAAUGAGCACUUUUUGGGGGCCAAAUUACAUUGCAGAAAUGAGGGUGCACAUUAGAUUUGAUGGCACAUUUACAUUCACCAGCAAAUCCUUUUUUGGUUUCAGGGUUUUGAAAAUGGAGGUGCACAUUUGAUGGCGUAUUACAUUCGAGUAAAUAGGGUAUAUCAAAAGUAACAAAAGCAUUAAACAAACAUCUUGCCAUGGAACAUGAAUAUACAUACUUUCUCUAGAGCACAGUAAACCUGUAUUACCACGGGAAAUUCUUCUGCACUUGGCUUCCGAGACUUAAUUUAAAAGCUGUGAGUACAAGUCACAAAUUUCUUCUGAGCUCGGUGUGCACUUGGCAGCAAUGGUUUUGGGGCGCAUGGUGCCAGGAGCUGGUGUUGCUAAAACUGCUGUCCGAUAUGGUGAGACACCAAGAUUACAACUUAAAACAUCUUUUUGGGCAGCAAGACCUUUGGCACUCCGCAGAGGGAUGGUGAAGCUGUGGCCUUCUAGAUGUUGAACUCCCAACACACAUCAUCCCCCAACAGCAUGGUCAAUGGCCAGGGAUGUUGGCAAUUGUAUUAUAAUGACCACCUGUCUUAAGACUAUAAAGUCUUCCUGUAUAGACCAUAUAGACUCAGACUUUUCCCAGUGAAGGAUAGUUUGUCCGGGCCCUGAGGCAGGUUGACUCUUGGAUAGAGUUUCUGAGCCCCACAUUGGGUGACAGAUUGUAGGGGGUUGGAAUAGAUGAUCCUCAGGGUCCCUGUCAACUCUAAAAUUCUAUUAUUCUAUGAAUCCCUUGUUCCUGACACCCUGGCUCCCCACUUAAGAGCUAUCCACGGCUCAGUCCUGAUACAUAUCAGUGUGGGGAAACUGUCAGUUUUGAGUUAACAAAAACAGUGGCUCAAAAAGUGAUCUAAACAAAACAUCAGUUCCUCCUUUACAUUAACAGAACAAAUACAUAUUUGGGAAAAAGAUAUGUUUUAUAAUGAAAAACAAACUGUUACAACUUAGAUCUGACACUUGGCAAAUUUUCCUUGACUUUCUUAUAGUGCAAUCAAUUCCCUGUGUUCUCCCAGCUCCUCACCAUCUUAUCAUGCUAUAGGUGGGGAACCUGUGGCCCUCCGGACGUUGCUCGUUUGCAGCUCCAACCAGCCCUUGACCAUUGGUCAUGUUGGCUGGGAAUGGUGGAAACUGGAGCGCAACAACAUCUGGAGGGCCAGAGAUUUCCCAGCCCUGCUGUACUAAGAAGCAACACAAUAACAGGAAGCAGCACAAGUCACAGAUCUUGUGCUAAUUACUCUGCAAUCAUCUCCACUAAAAAAAAUUAAUGAGAGCAAUAUUCCUCAAAUUUUCUGCACGUGUAAAGUUUUCCAGACUAGUGACUGAACUGGAAUGUCCCCCCCCCGAAUUGAAUCCCCCCCCAUUUCUCACAUGCUAUGAUAUAUGAAAACCAUUUUCCUGUUACCUCUGUUGGUUAAUUUUUUUCUCACUCUGUAUACACUUGGAUAUAAAGGCAGCCAAGUUUGUUCUCUUGAGCUGGAAGCUGACAGUUCAGAAAGCAGAAGGAUUCAUUCGGACAAAACCUUAAAGAUAAUAGAGCAUUAAAAUGCCUUUCUGAACUGUGUUGUUUUCUAGCUUUCUUUCAGGAUGUGGUAACUUGAAAUCUUACUACACAACUGUUACCUCACUGGUCAGGGAGGGGGUAGUAGCUCAGUGGCAGAACAUCUGCUUUGUAUGCAGGAGGUUCCAGGUUCGAUUCCUGCCAUCUCCAGGUAGGGCUGGGAGAGAUCCUGUCCAAAAUCUUUGAGAGUCAUGGCCAAGUCACCAUACAGAAUACUGAGCUCUAUGGACUCUAUGUCUGAUUCAAUAUAAGGCAGGCUUCCUGUGUUGGUACUUAACAAUAAACCAGGCUUUGAUUUUGAAUUGAUUUUGCUCUACUGUUUUUCUGUGCCACUUUUCAUUUAAAUGAAUCUCAAAGCAGCUUACAAACAAUAAAGAACAAUAACAUGAUAGAACAGAACAUUGCAGAUACAGCAUGGAUCAUAUAAAGUAAUUUAAAAAUCAUCAGUAAAACUUUUGCAAUCUAUGAAACACUAUUAACAAAACAGCAACUAAAACCAAACAAACAAAAAACCCAGCAACUAAAAAAAUAAGCUAAACACCACAAUUACAGCUAAAAUAUCUAACUCAUGAAGGUUUGUUGUGAAGGAGCAGUGUGCUGCUGCAACUGCUUUGUCACUUCUGGUAUGUUGUGGUUUGUUAGGGAGAAAGCAAAGAUGAUGCUUUGCGUUCUUCCGGUGAGUGAUGGCUCUCAUGAAAUACCGUAGUCGAAACACUAAACUUCCUCUGCAGGAAACUGCCUGAUCCUGAGUCAGACAAUUAGUCCUGCUAGCUCAGUACAGUGGUACCUUGGGUUAAGUACUUAAUUUGUUCCGUAGGUCUGUACUUAACCUGAAACGGUUCUUAACCUGAAGCACUACUUUAGCUAAUGGGGGCCUCCUGCUGUUGCCACGCCGCCGGAGCACGAUUUCUGUUCUCAGUUUCAGGUUAAGAACAGACCUCUGGAAUGAAUUAAGUACUUAACCCACUGUAAUUGAAAGCAUUUAUAGGCUGCUUAAUAUUUGAAAAUCUCUUUAAGUGUCCUAUAGCAUAAAUCAGUAAACAAUAUUAAGUAAAACAACAAUGCAACAGAAAAAGAGGAAUAUAAAGGAAUAUUAAAAAUAAAUAAAAGCAGGAAUGCUGAGAAUUCAAUAUAAACACCUAAAAUAAAACUAUAUGAGAGGCACCCUUUUCAGGCAUGAGAAAAUCCGAAGUCCUCUCUGGAACACAUAACAUGGACUGGAUUACCUUAACACUAAAGUUUCAUUAUCAGGAAAAUAAUUUAACAAAAAUUAUUUCUUACAAAAACCAUGGCCGGCACCUGUCAUUCAAAGAGCAUUCUGUCCUCUGUAUUGUAAGAUGGUACUUUCUGAAAGAAACGUUUGCAUCAUCCGAAAGCAAUGACAAUGUGCUUUUUGCUUCAGAACCUAUGGGUAGCAUUCAACACUAGUCCUGCUCAGAGUAUACCCAUGGGAAUUAAUUGACACGAUGACUAACUUAUAUUCAUUCAUUCCAGUGGUAGUAGACUUCAUUGAGUACAACCCAUUGUGGUUUUUCAGUUCAUUUGCAAAUUUAUGUCCUUCUAAUUGAUUAAUCAACUAACAUUCAUUUGCUGUGUAACAGCCCUAACCCCAGCACUGUUUUUCCUGUUACAUUUUGACAGUAUAGAUAUGUUAAAGGUAAACAUUUGAUAUUGGUCCCAGAGGCUCUGGGAAAUAUACCUAUGUCCUAAAAGAUCUCAGUCCUCUGCUGGAACAAGUUGGUCACUUGGAGCUAUCCAUGAGGCUCCAGCCUUAGCUCUUUCUCUGGGGGAACUGGCAUCAAACCAGAGCACAACAAAUUUUACCUCACAGCAACUGACGGUAUGUGGUAACAUGAGAAUUGCUCUGGGCUCAGUGGUAUCUCUGUUGGCACUGAUCUCAAGACAGACACUCGGUUCUUUUACUUGAUGCGGCACAGUAAUGUGCUGGCGAGACAAAGAGAUAGGUACUUAUCCCGAUUUAUGAAUGUGGUAGUAAGCAGUCUUAAUGUGGUUCCUUAACCCAUCAGUGAGCAGCCUUUGGCUCACAGGCCUAACUAGGCCCAGCAAGAGUCCUAAUUCGGCCCAUGAGGCCAUUUCCCCCAGUCCAUGUCCACCUUCCCCAGCCCUGACGUCAAUAUGGGAUGCUGGGUAGAGACAUGGCUUCAAAGGAGUGCACUCUUGAUUAUUCCUUGGCAAAUGGAGCUCCACCUCAGUGCCAUUCAGCUGAUCAGAGCAGACAGGGAGCCCCAUUGGGAUCGGUUGCCCCAUCAGGAACUCCCUAGUGCACCUAAGGGGUGCUGAGAGCCAUUACUCUGAGGGCUGGUUGCAAGCAAACAACAACAACAACUUAUUUAUACCCUGCCCAUCUGGCUGGGUUUCCCCAGCCACUCUGGGUGGCUUCCAACAAAAUAUAAAAAUGCAAUGGUCUUUCAGAUACAGUCAUACCUCGGGUUAAAUGUGCUUCAGGUUGAGCGUUUUCAGGUUACGCUCCGCAGCGACCCAGAAGUAAUGGAGCGCGUUACUUCCGGGAUUCGACGCUCGCGCAUGCGCAGACGCUCAAAAUGACGUCACACGCAUGCGUGGAAGCGGUGAAUCACGACCUGCAGACGCGGGUUGCGUUUGCUUCAGGAUACGAACGGGGCUCCGGAACGGAUCCUGUUUGCAUCCAGAAGUACCACUGUAUUAAAAGAGGGGGCUAGCUCUCAAGCUGCCUUUUCAAAGGACUGCAUGUGAUGACAUCAGGCAGCCGACAGGUGAGCAGCCUGGCCUACCCAUCAAAGUUGGCCCAUUGGGGUUGGGGGUGGGAAGGAUCCAGCCCACAUUAUUAUUAGUGUGGUAUACCUGAUCUCUGCUUGCACCAUCCACACUGAUCUGGGACUGGCUGGGUUUUUGCUCUGCUUUGUGAUUUGAGCUUUAGACUAUUGAGCCCAUUCUGUUCCUACCAGCUUCUCAGCUCUGUGAUUUUAAAAUGGCAUUGUGCAUAUGUGAGGUACUGCUUUUCUGAAUUAAAUAUGAGGGAAAUAGUAGGAAGAUGCAUACCCAGAGCAGCCAGUUGCUCUUGCAGAGAUGAAGGCAGGAUGACACAAUCACUCCUGAUACAGACAGAAGGAUUUAUCUGCCUUACUACAGGCUGUUUUGAAAGAGGCAGGCCCCAAAUUUCAUAAGAGCCUUUCAUAUAUUUUCCCCUUUGGCAAAACUACAGCCUGCGUUUCAGCGGUUGUCUUCAAAGUGGGUAUUUUAAUUUGCUUCUUAUAGCACACUAGUGAUCCUCUCUGGUUGGCAAAAGGUUUGGGGAAUGAACACUCUAAAAGCUUUCUCUGCCUUUUAGCCUUCAAAAAAACAAAGCCAAAGAUUAGUAUAUAUAAUCCUCAUUCCUCUGUGAAUUGUCUGGGAGGAAUUAAGUAGCUGUAGAUACAAUUAAAUAUUAACCUGCUAUGCAGACGACAGUGGAGUCAUUCUGAAAAUAUCCCUAAUACACACCGUACACAAACACACAUACUGAAGAGAAUGAUUUCUGCCUCCUUAGUUCCUACAGUAGUGCUAAAUAUUCCGGUAAAGAGGUUAUAUUUAGCACAGGCUCACUAAAAUAUGCAUCACUCUCUCACAUACGUGGGUUAGCUAAAGGUUUUCUUCCCCUUCCCCUUUUUUCAAAACUCAGGCUAUCUUAUUAAUUGUUUUCAGGCAAAAAAUGUACUUGUUUGCCUUCAAAAGGCUCCAGAGUUCUAAUGCUGGCAUAAUGAGGAUUAAAAUGUUGGGAUUCACCGAGUGUGUAUUUCCCAACUCUUUCCUUAUUAAUGCCCCGCCUUUCAGCUUUGAUAAAGGAGAUGAACUCUUCUUUAUUUAAUACUUGCUUUUGUGAGUUGGCUUAGAUGGAGAGAAUACUGUGGUGAGGUUGCAGUGGAAAAAUGAAAAGAGAGAGGAGGGGGAAAAAUAUGAAUGAAUGGUAGACAUUCUGCAAAUGUCCAGGACCAUUUCAUGGGAAUGAAUCAACAUGCUAUGUAGAAGCCUGAUAAAGUUUAUAGGUAAUAAUCUGCCUCCAUUAUAGAUGUUAGUUUCAUUGCAAAGUUUGGUAUAGCUGAACAGCAGAGGAUUCCCUGUUGGAAAAGCAGGAAAAGAGCAUUCUGGCUUGAGCAUCUAGUUGCUUCACGUAGAUGCUCAGCAAAGAGGUUCAGAGUCCCCUCCCUGCAUGUUUCAAACCCUAAUACCCUUAAUAGUAGUGUGUCCAUAUAUAUAUUGCAAUGGUGCCUUUUAACAAUCAGCUUUUUAAAAAUUGUUUUGUGUGGUCCAUCAAUAGGAUCCUUAUUACAGAUUUAAUGACCUGGCCUAUGCAUGGAUAUCCUUGGAUAACUGGACGUACAGCAGAGAUUUCAAAACUCCCUUUGAUAUCAGGUAUGAGAAUGGCAUAAGUUAUGAUACAAAGAUUUAGGCUGUACUCCUAAGCACACUUACCUGGGAGUUAGUCCCUGGAGCAGACUAGAAAUGGAUGUUGCUCAAAUCAUUUCUCAAUGAGGGUUUUGUAGGUCUAGGUCUGUCUGCAUGUUAGACUGGUCCCUUCUCAGUUUCUCUCCUUUUUCUAGUGUGAUCCUUUUCCUUGACACAUCCAGGGUUUAGCUGUAGGUUUGCCACACUUUAUACUAACCACAGGGUUCUCGUCAUUUGCAAAUUCACUUCAAAUCUAGGUUUCCAACUCGUGAUCUAGCUGGAAAUUUUGUUGAGCACAGUGGUACCUCGGGUUAAGAACUUAAUUCAUUCCGGAGGUCCGUUCUUAACCUGAAACUGUUCUUAACCUGAGGUACCACUUUAGCUAAUGGGGCCUCCUGCUGCCGCCGUGCCACUGGCGUGCGAUUUCUGUUCUCAUCCUGAGGUAAAGUUCUUAACCCGAGGUACUAUUUCUGGGUUAGCAGAGUCUGUAACCUGAAGCGUCUGUAACCUGAAACGCCUGUAACCCAAGGUACCACUGUAUCAAUCAUGGUUAACAAGUCAGCGCUGAAGGAAAGACAAGGGAAGGCUAGACGGAAUUUGUAGGAGUGAGGCAGGACAUGCAUGUUCCUAAUGAUGACUUUGGAUUUUUCAGCCGUGUUUCAUCUGCACCAGAUCAUUAAGGCAGUGGGUUCCCUAAUAUGUAUUCUGUUCUCUUUUUGUAGGACGUGGCAAAAAGUGAGUUUGGUUUUUGAUGGGGUGGAUACAGUAGCACAGAUUGUGGUCAAUAAUGUCACUGUUGGGAGGACCAACAACAUGUUCAACAGAUACGUGAGUAUUCUCCAAUUUAUAUAUUACGUGUUUGGGAAAAGUGAUUUGAUUUCUCCCAGUUUCAACUGUCUUUAAGCCUUGGCAGCAUCUAGGCAAUCCUGCAUAGUCACCUGAAAUCUGGUAGUACCUUUUUUCUUUUGUAAAAAGUAUGGGCUGUAUCUGGUGCUGCUGUUUCGUUUGUGCAAUGGGAUUUCCCUUUCCUCUUCUUCUCUCCCUUAUCCCAAGCCUUCUGUACAUCCUGAACAUCUGCCCCAGAGGGUUUGGGUGCCCUCCAAAGGAGAUUUUGGGGUUUCAUGGGAGGAAGGAGAAAUCCCAUUGUGCAAGUAAAAUUCCACUCACACAGCGUUCGGCUACGCUUGUUUCCCACUGUUGAAAUACCAAACUUUGCAGUGAAGCUGACAUUGCCUGUUACAAUAAUAAUUUAUUAUUUGUACUCCACCCAUCUGACUGGGUUGCCCCAGCCACUCUGGGUGCCUUCCAGCAUAUAUAUAUAUAUAUAUAUAUAUAUAUAUAUAUAUAUAUAUAUAUUAUAUAUAAUAUAAUAUAUAUAUUGGUAGCAGAGUGUUCUUUUCUAAGCUAAACAAUCAUUCCUCAUUCACAUUGUUCACGACUGAUCAUACUACCGUAUUUUUCGCUCUAUAACACGCACCCGACCAUAGCACGCACAUAGUUUUUAGAGGAGGAAAACAAGAAAAAAAAUAUCCACGAAACAGUGGAUGUAUGAUUUUUGUGGUUCAUGCUGUGGCCACAGACAUGUGAUCUGACAGUGAGUUUGGGGUAGCCCAAAAAAUACGGUACUUUGAGGACAUUCAGGACUAUAUUGUAGAAGUGCAAAGGCAGCAUAUGAAGAAAAGGAAUAGAGUUUAUACUUGGAAGCAUUUAAGGCUUUUGAUGAAGGCAGAACAUACAUGAGUACCGUAUUUUUUGCUCCAUAACACUCACUUUUUUCCUUCUAGAAAGUAAGGGGAAAUGUCUGUGCGUGUUAUGGAGCGAAUGCCUACGGAUGGCAGGGGGAUCUGCUGCAGUCGUGAGCAGAGGAUCCAUGGUUCCCCUUCCUUCCCUCGUCCGUGGCUUGCUUUGAAACAGCAAAGCGGAAGAAGAGCCGCUUAGUGGGGAGAAGAGAGGGACAGAGAGCCUGGUUACAAAGCACGGAUCCACAUGGAUCCUCAGGAUUUUUGCACUGGGUCACCCCAAAUUCACCAUCAGAUCACAUAGCAUGUCCAUGGCUACAGCUUGCACCAAAAAAAUCACGCACCCACUGUUGCCUGGGGCCGCAGUGGUGCAAAAACGUGGUUACAAAGCAUGGAUCCACAUGGAUCCUCAGGAUUUUUGCAUUGGGCUACCCCAAACUCACCGUCAGAUCACAUGUCUGUGGCCACAGCAUGAACCACAAAAAUCAUACAUCCACUGUUUCGUUUAGAAUAUUUUUUUUCUUGUUUUCCUCCUCUAAAAACUAUGUGCGUGUUAUGGUUGGGUGCAUGUUAUAGAGUGAAAAAUACGGGUACUUGACACAGAAAGAGCAUAGAUGAGUACAUGCGUCAUUAAAAAUGUACAUAAGUAAUCAAAAUGCAUAGCAAGACCUCCCUGCUCUCUUGAGUGCUGUCUGAUGAGGAUAACCAGGUUCACAGUGGCCAAACUUUGCUGAGACUUGGAGAGGAGCUCAUACCUGUUUUGCUCCUUCCUUGUCCUUUUAACAUAGUGCAACAGCUAAGCCAGAGUAGCAGAUUGUGGUUAAGGAGGAGUCGGAUGACAUGCUAAGCCAAACUUUGGCUUGGCUUAGCUUAGCUUCUGUGCCACAUUGUUCUAAAAGGACCAGGAAAGAGAAAAUUGGGUGCAAGGUCUUCUCUUGGAUACAGCAUGUUCGUGCAAGUCAUGGUAAGUUAUAGUUUGGCUUACAAGGUCAUAGUGUACAAAGCCAUUGCCUGUCAUUGCACAAUGCGCUGCUAAGUAAAACCAGGUCAACACAACUUGAGACCCAACAGCUUAAUGCAGCACAUCAGCCUUGUGUUGUAGCUUCCAGGCAACUGGUCUGUUAUUGCAGUUUCAGGUGGUACAUCAGUUUCCGAGCAAGCCUCCAUGCAUGGUUGGUGGGGCUGAGGUUGGCUUGGUGGUUGGCUGCAAGUUGUAAAUGUAUGGUUUAAGUAGGGUAAGGUUGGCUCUGAAUUAUCACUUCACUUGCUUUCUUUGUUCAGAGGACUACUCUAGUUGUGUGAGCAACUCCCCCUGACCUGCAGUCUCAGGGAUCUCCGCAGCUGUUGGAACUUCCACAGUCUCUGAAGUACAAUUUAGAGCUUUAAAGUUUUGCAGAAAUGACCAUAGCGGUGAAUCCUGAGGACUCACUUCAUAAAUUUAUUACAUUGCUCACUCAGGUAGACUGUUCCUGUAAGUGAAGAAAGCAAUGUUUGAGCCAGAGCCCAGGGUGACUGAAUCAAUGCUUCAAGGAUGCUGCGUUUCAGAUUCUUUAAUAUACAGAGUCUAUAAUGCAUCUUUCCCCCAUCUUUCCCUGCUUCAGAGCUUUGAUAUUACCGAUGUGAUCAAGGAGGUCAAUGCAAUUCAUGUUAAUUUUGUCUCGGCUGUUUGGUAUGCUGCAGAGCAGAGUAAAAAUCACCAAGCAUACAGGGUGCCUCCGGAAUGCCCUCCACCUGUACAGAAAGGACAAUGUCACGUUAACUUCAUCAGAAAGGUAAAUAGCUAUGUGCAUGAAAUGUCAAGAGUCCAGUUAGAAAUUAUGGUGAUAUAAUCAAGGGGAUCUUGAAACAUGGGCCUUGUUAGGUAAUUGGACCACCCCCUUAAAAAUAUAUAUAUUUCUCACUUACGGGGUGUGUGUAUGUAUAUUUCUGUGUGUAUACAAUCACAUUGCUGAGUAGAGGAAUCUUGUAAUAUUUUAAAAUGCAAUGUAAUGUAUUGAUACCAAUAUAAAACAGGAAGCAGCCUGAUUAAUUUUAUUGAGAAAUAUAUAUACAGUUGUACCUUGGAAGUUGAAUGGAAUCCAUUCCGGAAGUCCGUUUGACUUCCAAGACAUUUGGAAACUAAAGUGCUGCUUCUGAUUGGCUGCAGGAAGCUCCUGCAGCCAAUCGGAAUCUGCGGAAGCCCCGUCAGACGCUCGGGUUCCAAAGAACGUUUGCAAACCGGAACACUCACUUCUGGGUUUGCUGCACUCGGGAGCCAAAAAGUCUGAGUACCAAGGCGUUCGGGAUCCAAGGUAUGACUGUAUGUGUAAACUUUUAAAAGCUGUUUUUAUGCAAGAGUGGUAGCAAACAGACUAAUAGCUAGAGAACAAGUAAAUUGUUAUAAAUAGGUGAGACCCCACCCUUUGGAAACUUGUCCCAGGCAAUGCUCCUUGGAAUAGAUGUUUCUGAGCAAGAAGAAUCUAGGUGCAGGAGCAGCCAGCAUGGUUGCUGGAUGACAGAUGUCGCUGGUUGACAGGUUCCCUCAUCCCUGACCAUUGGCCAUGAUGACUGGGCUGAAGGGAGCAGGAAUCUAGUAACCCCUGGACCAUGCUGGACCCGGCACCAUGUUGGCAGCUUCACAGGAGAAGUUCCGGCUACAAUUGUUCCCUGUGGCUGCAUCCAUCCAGGGAAUUUAGCAAAGCGGGAGAGACCAGAGUUAGCUCUGAGAAGCGCCAGAAUAUGCUGGCAGGGUUAUGAGGCAUCUUAGCCAAGCAGCUUUCUGCGCGUUUGCUGUUUCUCAUGUGCUGAGCUACUUACAUUGUGCAGCUCUGACAGCUCUGGAAGCAUUAGCUAAUAAGAAGCCGCGUCUCAUUAAGCUGUUGUGAAGGGGAGCUGGGUCUGUUUGGACACAUCAGCAGAAAGCUUUUAAGCACCGCAAUAAUGGGAGCCAGGAAUUUAAUACAAAUUACUGUUGUGUUUUCCGCUCUGAGGUGAUUGGACAGAGCAAUCCUAUGCAUGUUUAAGUCCAGCCUUGUUCAGUAGCAAAUGUGUUUUAGGACCACAGCUUUUGCAUUAAAAAGGAACAUCUGCUAUUUUCACUGUGAUGUUAUUUAAGCUGUUACAGUUAAGAUAUAACAUCCCUUAUAUGGUAUCUUCUCUCUUGGCAAUGAUGAACCCUGUUAGGCAGGGGAAGGGAACAUUGUAAUUACAAAUAAGACAGAAAGAAACUUGGUUGCGAAUGUAACCUUACCAUAUAAAACAGGUGUGGGGAACCUGUGGUCUUCCAGUUGUUGCUGAACUACAACUCCCAUCAGCCCCAGCAAACAUGGCCCAUGGGAGUUGUAGUUCAGCAACAUCAGCAGGGGCAAAGGUUCCCCCCACAGUAUAAAUACUGCUAUUAAAUUAGAUCAGAGGUGGGCAACUGGCAGCCCUCGGCCUCAUCUCAUGAGGGUGGCGAAGGGGGGAAAACAGGAGAAGGGAUGUGGCAGAAUAAUUCAGCCCUCAACAACCACAAGAAAAGGUUGCCCACGCCCGAAUUGGAUCUUUAAGUAGGCUGCGAAAAAGGAGCUGUUUCUGUAACAACAGUUAGUUAAAACAUGGUGGGGGUCAUCGUUCUGCUCUAAUCUAGAAUGUUGUAUCUCUCUUGGGUUGGUUAGAAAUUGGUGCGGGGCUGAAAAACAACUUGCAACAGCUGUAGUCCUAUUUUUAGAGCAGAAGAUGCUGUGAGAGUGGCUUUGGCAUAGUGCUGGGCUGUGUACAUGUUUAUGACAAGAACUUUUUUUAAAAAAGAGCGUUGGAUCCUUGAAGGAAAUUCGCCGUCAUGCUGGAAUAUGGAUCGAGAUGUUUCCUCUGGGAGGUUUCUUUGUGGUCCCCUCCCCAUAUCAUACUUUUAUCAUAAGAACGUAAGAAGAGUCUGCUGAAGCAGGCUAGUGGCCCAUCUAGCCUCACAGUGGCCACCAGAUGCCCAAGGGAAGCCCACAAACGACACAGGAGGACAACAGCAACUACACGUCCCUUUUGCAAGGAACGUGGGUCAAUGCACAUGCAAGAGUGGCCAUAGCUCAGUGGUAGCAUCAGGACCCGUUUUGCCAUUAGGUAGAUUGAGAUGACUACCUCAGACAGCAGAUACCAGGGGGUGAGCAGCAGUGGUGGCAAGAUGUGGGAGAACAUAUGUGCCAUGUGGUCUCCUCUAGCACCCCUAGGAUAGCCUGUGGUCUUCGGAUGCAGUGCAGAAUGCUGCCAUGCUGCCAAUAUUAAAAUAAUAUUCCAGCGCUAUUCUGGUCAGCUUCUGUACAUAGAAUUGAAAGGGGGCAAAGCAACAUAGGAAGCUGCCUCAUCCCGAGUGAGUCCAUGGGUCCAUAUAGAUCAGUAUUGUCUGCAUGAACUGGCAGCGUCUCUCCAAGGUUUCAGACGGGGCAUAUCCCCAUCUGGAGAUGUUGGGGAUUGAACCUUUGCUGCUAUGCAAAGGAGAUGCUCUAUCACUUGGCUAUGGUUGUACCCCGGAGUAGGGGAGCAAAGUUGAAAAAGAAAGGAGGCUGCACUGUGUCAGUAUUUCAGCUGAGUGCUUUUGGGGAGGCAGUGUCCAAUAGCAUCCUGCUAUGACAUCAUUGGACCAAGUUGGGUGAGCCUUGCCCAUGAUACUGGCGCAUGAUGCAGUCCUGGCCUGUUCACUUGUGGGGUUGAGCUGUGAGCCUCGUAGAACCUUUUAUUGGCAUCGCAUACAACAUCCAAAACAAAUCAAUACAGAAUUACCACUUCCCCAGUGGCACAAAACAUCUGCUGAAAGGAAGGAGGCAGAGCAGUCUAUCGUCACAUCUCUUGGUCUCCAGGGAGAUCAGACGUCUGCAGUGUAUUUCAAUGACAAAAAAGAACUGUGAGCCGUGUUAUCUCCCUCCCAUUCACAAAUUACCACCUCUAUUUAUUUUACUUUUAUUUAAAAGAUAUUUUUAACUGCUCUUCACCAAAAAGAUUCCAGGGUGGUUACUGCCCUAUCAAUGAGAUUUCUGGGGGAGUCUGUGUUAGUGGUCCCCCAAAUGUAUGGCUUAUAUCCAUCAGAAGCUGGUGAGUGUCAGAGUAAAACUGGAGGACUUGCCCUUCAUGGGAAUCUGAUGGAUAUAGAUAUAUAUUAUUCUGGCAACUUUUUCUUAAUGGCACUUGAAAGCUCGCUUCACACAUUUUAUUUCUGAAAUUGUAAAGUCUGCACACGAUGACUUUAUCAUCUAAUUUCCCCAUGGAGAACAUGCCAGAAUCACCAUGUGCAGACUUAACAGUUAGUCUUUAAGGUGUCUUAAGUCUCUGGGUUGUAUUCAGCUACGUUUUACUCAGAGCAGAGCCAUUUAAAUUCAUGAACUUAAGUUACCCUGAAACCUGUAAAUUAGGUCUGAGAUUGCCCUUGUCUCAUCUUUAACAAUAGCCUGUUUGGACCUGAAGAAUGGCCGCCCAUCAGUGUUAGUGGUGAAGUAAACAGAUCUUUCCAUUUUGAGAGGGCUGUUUUCUAAGAAAUGAAUGUCGCUAGUGUUAAUAACCUAGAAAUAGGUGCAUUGCCUGGUUUACACUCCUUGUAACUUGAUACGUUGGCAGGCAAGCCGAUUCCCUGGGAUACGGAGAAGGAGCUAGGCGAGUGCAGUGGGGGUUGCCAAAAUUAGUAAGGCUCAGCUGCCAGUUAUUAGGAUUACAAAUUUAGAUCUGUAGGUCACUAUGCAAAACUUUAACAAGAUCUAUUGUAUGUACAUCUCCAGGGUGGGGAGUUCUGAGGUCAAGUCAAGACAUGUCUUCAAGCUGUGGUCAACAACUUGUUUUGCCCUAGACACCACCCUGGAAAUCUUAACAUGAACCAAAACUAACUUUCAUAGCUCAGUUGUAUGCUAUCCACAUAGCUUGCAUAUCAUUUUACUCAAAGCUGCUGGUGUAUGUGGGACUGACUCUGUGAUAACCUGAUGCAUUACCCAGCCAUACAGAAACUGCUUUCCAUGGCUUCAGCUCAUUCUGCCACAGUCAUCGUCAAUUUAUUUAUAUACUGCAUCUAUUUAUUUUAAUUUGUUGUUAUUAUUGUUAUUAUUCAUAUUCAUAUUAUUUUUAUGUGCUUACCACUUUUCCUCCAAGGAGCUCAAGAUAGCAUACAUGGGUCUUCUCCCCCUGACCAUUUUGUCCUCACAACGACCCUGUAAAGUAGGCCCGGCUGAGAGACAGUGACUGGCCAAAGGACACACAGUGAGCUUUGUGACAGUGAGGAUUUGAACCCAGCUCUCAAAAAAAUCUAAACACAGUAAUGAUGCAUAUACAAUACCGGUACAUAAAUUAAAAUAUAAUAUUGCUGCAACGUAAUGCUAAAAUCCCCACAAGUGUUCAUUUAACCAACAGAUCAAGGAAAAGUACCCAGUAACGUCAAGUCAAAAAAUAGCCCCAAAGCAGAUAGCAUCAGUAUUGAACAUUCUCCCCCUCCUAGUCUUUUACAUGCCAACCUAAAAGGCUGGAAAGUCUCCUUACAGUUCUUCCUCUGGGAGUAGCUCACCUGUGGAGUCUUCUAGGGUUGGAGGGUAGGGCAAGGCAAGUGGAAACAGCAAUUCCCCUGGUGGCAAACACAGCCUCUUUUCUCUUCUCGAAGUUGAGGAACUGCAGCCACAUGGGCGUGGGUCAAAGAUGUGGGACUUUUCUACCUGGCCGUUCUCCUAGCUUCCAGCAUGGUGUUGAUCCAGUGGUAUGAAACAGACCGUUUGCUGUUCUUAUGCAGUUUUGACAUCCGAGCAUUACUGCAAUGAUAUGGGAUGAGGCCAGGGAAUAGCAUCUAGGAGGAAUGAGUAGAACCUGCAACUGAACGUUGGAGCUCUCUGCUCAGGAUUGCAGCUACACCAUUUUACAAACACAUACAUUUUAGGAAUAUCUAGGCAGGGUCAGGUUGGGGGAAGCUGCUUUAGAAUCUUGUUUCCUCUGUAUAGAAAAGCAACCUUUCCGUGAAGCAACCUGCCUUUGUGUUUAAUUCCAGGAGCAGUGCUCAUUUAGCUGGGACUGGGGCCCCUCUUUCCCUACUCAGGGCAUUUGGAAGGAUGUCAGGAUUGAAGCAUAUAAUCUUUGCCGCCUGCUUUAUUUCUUGGUGACUCCUCAGUAUGGUAAGUCUUGUCGUCUUUUAACUGUAGAAUGAAUCAGAAAAAAAUUGAUCCUGGAGGCGAGAAUCCUUCCAUGUAAUAAACAAUGGCUGAAAGGUUUGCACUGGGUUCUCCCCCCCAAAAAAACAUACAAAAGCACAGAUCAAUAACACACUGGAGUAAUUUCAGCAUAUGACACAGGGGCAUCAUCUGUUCUUUCCUAGUCCAGAAAUCCUCUGCGAGACACAUUAUUCUUUCUCACUGCAUCACUCUCUUCCUUACAUCCCUACAAUUGCAUCUCUGUGCCAUGAAGGGCGUGAAUUUCCAGUCUCUAAUUAUUUAUUUUGAAGCUCUGUACCACUCUCUUCCUGAACACACCUGUCCUCCCAAUUUAUUUAUUUUUAAUUUAAAUACAUUCUAUCCUGCUGUUAACACGGGUCCUUUCCUAUCCAGGUGAUUGUGUCCACAUCCACUUAGGUUGAGAAAUACUGCUCUUUCAGGGCUCUUGGGCUGAGAUUUUUCCUGCUCAUUUCCAAUUAACACUUCUCCCUCUCACCUCUGUUACAUAGAAACGUGGCCACCAUCUCUGCACUUUGUCUCCAUCUUCUAUUCUUUGUGCACCUUCUCUCAUCUGGCUCCUCAUGUCUGGAACAGAUUCUUUUUUUCUUGUUUCUCAGAUCCUCUCCCCUAUCUUGAAGGGUCCCUUUUCCCAGGGGUCCAGUAGUUUGGUGAAGGCUUUUCUGAUCUGUGCUUGUAGCAAACUACAGAUAAGAUUGGCUAUCCUAUGGCAGUCUUUUGAAGCCGUAUCAGAAACAUUGGCCCUUAUAAAUGCAAGGGCUGCAUAGAACCAGGAAGUAGUAGUCUUUAGCUGUAGUAAUUGGUCUGAAGCAUUCUCUUGGACCCAUUGGAUUCCAGGAAUCAAAACUGGGCUUCCCUUGCUAAAACUGCCAAAGGGCCAAACCUUGGGGAUAGAGCACACGUUUUUGCAUGCAAAACACCUGGCAUCUCCAGAUAGGGCUGUUCGAAACCCUAGAGAGGUGUUGCCAGUCAGUGUGGACACUAACAAUCUGGAUGAGGAACCUGUCACCCUCUGGAUUUUCUGAAGAACAGCUCCCUUUGUUCCGCUUGGAGUCAGUUGUAACUAAGCAGCAUAUAAAGUAAAAAAUUCUGAUCAUUGGUCUUGCCAACUAAGGCUGAUAGUUGUUGUAGUCAACAGCAUUUGGAGGGCCAUCGUUCCUCCAUUCUGCAGCUAGAUGGACCUAACUCUGCGUAAGACUGCUUCUUAAGGUGAGUGGUGGUAGAGUCUUUGCUGUGGUGUGUCCUGAGUAGGUAUGAAUGAUUUCAGUUUCUUUGCUUCUUGUUUUCCCAAUCCCAAAUUCACUUCCCCACAUUCAUCAGAUUGCAAUUUUUUUAAAAAAAAGUCCUCCUGAAAAUGUAUCAGUAUUUUAGUUCAAGUUAAUCCAAAUAUACUUAUUUUUGUAUGUCAUUUACACGAACGUAGGCAUUUUUUCAAAGCAUAUUUCUUGCAAUGUUUAUAUUUUCCCUAACAUAAGGCAUUUGGGUAUGUUAUUUUCAUUAAUAUAGGCAUUUUACAUUGGUGUAUGCUGGAGAAUUACACUGCAAAAUUCAGAGAAGUGUGAAUUUUGAAGGAUGGCUUUGUUUUGGUUCUCAUGUUGUUUCGGAAUGCACAAAUCAAGGUUCACCUUUAAAUGUAUGCAGCCCUGAACAGGAUGUGGUCUAAGCACCCUCUUUUCUUAUUUCUUUCCUGCUGAAGGAAGGGCAAAUCAGAGACUUUUUGCUGCCUGCCCUUCUGCCCCCUUGUCCUUGACAUCUGUGACAUUCUGUCUGUCACUUUGUUUCUGAAAUGGAUGUUGCUAGGGCUGAAAGGGCUCUCCCUAUCAUUGGAUUUCUUCCAGUGUUGAGAUUUAAGGGUUUGGGGCAAAAGCAGCUGCAUGACGAUGGCUGUAACUUGAGAGGAGUUCCUAUCGUGUGCUUGUCCUGAACUGAAGCCACCUAACCGCUUCCUGUUGCUGGUAAUCACUUGUUUGUCGUCCAGCUUGCACUGGGGUUGACUGGCUCAAAGGGACAAGUCGCUUUUCAUAAUGGACAUUGUCCCAACACGUCACACACAAUCAAUUCAGAAAGUUGAUGGGGUGUUCCGUAGCUUUAAGAGAGCUAGGUAUGAACUUGGAAGUUCCUCAUUCAAAGUUAAUCUCAGUCCAAACUCACUGUGUGGACUUUCAGAAGCUAAUGUAUCUGAAUAGGAACAUGGGAAGCUGUCUUACUGUUGUAUUAUUGUCUAUACCUUAAAUUUGGGGGGCAAAUGUGGCCCUCUAGAUCUCUCUCUCGGGCCCUCAGGCCACCUCCCUCUCUAGUCCCACCCCACCCCCCAUCAUCCCAGCUCCAUACACUUCUUGAGUUCCUUUGCCUGACAGGAAUGUCUCCUUGAACUAAGGUUUCUUGUUUCCUGGAUGGAGUGUCAUUUAGGGUUUUUUUUGGGGGGGUAGGUGGGCAUUGUUGCAGUUUUGCUGCUAAAUCAUACAAUCCAAAAUAAAGAUAUAAAAAACAAGACAAAACUAGUCACAAACAAUAAACAAAACAUCACAAAGUACACAACCAGAUUGAAAAACCGUCACCGUUUUUUUAUACGAUGAAAGUUUUUCAAUCUGGUUGUGUACUCUGUGACGUUUUCUUUAUUGUUUCUGACUAGUUUUGCCUUGUUUGUCGUUAUGCAAUUUUUCAUAUGUUGUAAGCUGCCUUGCACACGGUUUGAACUUUUGGAAAGGCGGUGUACACAUAAAUGAUUGGUUGAUACAUAUAUGGCAACUUUUGCAUGCCAAGAAACAAACGUUUACGACCAAAUUACAGCCCCUUGCUGGCCCGCCAUUUUUUAUGUGGAGUUUUAAUAAUGAAAACAUUACAGAGCGGAUGUGCUGGAAGUUCCAAAGCACUCAUAGGGAAUCAUAGAAUCAUAGAGUUGGAAGAGACCACAAGGGCCAUCGAGUCCAACCCCUGCCAAGCAGGAAACACCAUCAGAGCACUCCUGACAUAUGGUUGUCAAGCCUCUGCUUAAAGACCUCCAAAGAAGGAGACUCCACCACACUCCUUGACAGCAAAUUCCACUGUCGAACAGCUCUUACUGUCAGGAAGUUCUUCCUAAUGUUUAGGUGGAAUCUUCUUUCUUGUAGUUUGGAUCCAUUGCUCCGUGUCCGCUUCUCUGGAGCAGCAGCAAACAACCUUUCUCCCUCCUCUAUGUGACAUCCUUUUAUAUAUUUGAACAUGGCUAUCAUAUCACCCCUUAACCUCCUCUUCUCCAGGCUAAACAUUCCCAGCUCCCUUAGCCAUUCCUCAUAAGGCAUCGUUUCCAGGCCUUUGACCAUUUUGGUUGCCCUCCUCUGGACACGUUCCAGUUUGUCAGUGUCUUUCUUGAACUGUGGUGCCCAGAACUGGACACAGUACUCCAGGUGAGGUCUGACCAGAGCAGAAUACAGUGGCACUAUUACUUCCCUUGAUCUAGAUGCUAUACUCCUAUUGAUGCAGCCCAGAAUUGCAUUGGCUUUUUUAGCUGCUGCGUCACACUGUUGGCUCAUGUCAAGUUUGUGGUCAGCCAAGACUCCUAGAUCCUUUUCACAUGUACUGCUCUCAAGCCAGGUGUCACCAGGAAAUGCCAGGAAAUGUAACAGUGUAUUGCAGCCUCCAUAAGUGCUCCUAAGUCCCAGUAACUUUAAUUGGGAAAGUAAAGCUCUUGCUCUCCCAUUGAAGUCAACUGGACCUAAAUGUUCUAAACUUGGUGUGGAGUGUGCCCUUGUUAUUACUAAACCAGCCACUUUGCCUCUGGAUGAUACUGGGAAGAAGGGAGUCUUUGAAGCUUCUGGAAAUGGCUCCAGCCCUUUGCAGAAAUCAACACAGCUGGAAUUUCCAUGGAAUGCCAAGACAGCAUCAGGAGUUGCUUAGUAUGUAGCCUUCCAGCUCCACCUGUUGAGAACCAGGUAUGCAGCCAGAUACAGUUUCCCUUCAGUCAGCCGGGGGUGUUUUUUUGGAUCUCAGCCUCGAGGCUGUGCUUAUCCAGAAGGAAAAAAAAUCAAACUUGGAAUAAUGAACCUAUUAAUCUUUAAAUCUGUCAUGUGAAUGCCAUUUAAAGUGGUUCAGAGUUUUUAUUUAUUUACCCAGGUGGUCUAAUACGUCUUUUAGUUGUGUCCGACUCUUUGUGACCCCAUGGACCAGAGCACACCAGGCACUCCUGUCUUUCACUGCUUCCCGCAGUUUGGUCAAACUCAUGCUGGUAGCUUCGAGAACACUGUCCAACCAUCUCGUCCUCUGUUGUCCCCUUCCCCUUGUGCCCUCAAUCUUUCCCAUCAUCAGGGUCUUUUCCAGGGAGUCUUCUCUUCUCAUGAGGUGGCCAAAGUAUCGGAGCCUCAGCUUCAUGAUCUGUCCUUCCAGUGAGCACUCAGGGCUAAUUUCCUUAAGAAUGGAUACGUUUGAUCUUCUUGCAGUCCAUGGGACUCUCAAGAGUCUCCUCCAGCACCAUAAUUCAAAAGCAUCCAUUCUUUGGCGAUCAGCCUUCUUUAUGGUCCAGCUCUCACUUCCAUACAUCACUACUGUCCAUACAUCACAUUUUGCAUAAUUAGUACCCAAUGGAAUGAUUCCUACAGCUUGGUGAUAUUUCCUUUAAGAAGAAAAUAUGAUCAAGCCGUAUGUGAAGCCUCCUUCAGGUAUUCUCCUUCAUGUGAUUUAACAAUCGCGGGUGGAGGGAAAGCAGGACCAUGAGGACUAGUCUCAUUCCCACAACUCCCUCCCCAUUUGCUCUCCAUCCAUUGGAGAAAUGCUGCAGUGGGGAAGCUUACUGAAUACACAUAAAUUUCCCCUGCCAUUUGGAACUGGAACACGGAUUAUUCUGGGUCACAGGAAUAACAGAUAUGUGUUUGGCAGGUUCCUUCUUUGCAGACUUGCCUCUUGACAUGUGUGAAGGUCAGUAGGCACAGCCCUACCCCACAAUUGCUAAUUGCAUUAAGGGGAAUGCUUGAAGGGGUCUUUGCACUUCCCUGACCAUUAUUUCCCAGCUCUCUCAAUUUAAAGCAUAGCAGAGUCUUUCCCAACCUGGUACCCUCCAGAUGGGGUUGGACUACUAACUCCCACCAUCCCUGACCAUUUGUCAUUGGAUUCUGACUCCCAUCAGCCCCGGCCAGUUUGGCCCAAUGGUCAGGGGUGAUGAGUGUUGCAGCCCUGUAGCACAACACAAAGGCCCUAAUGUAUGGGGAGUUGCGAGGAGGGCUAAGAAGCUGGAGCAGCAACCUUGGCUUGGCAAGCAGUGAGAAAAGUUAACGGUGACCUUCCCUGGGAGGUCUAUACAUUCCCCACUAGGAUUCCCUUAGGAAACUCAGGUCUCAGUGGUAGAAUGAAUUUCAGCCUAUAGGAGGGGAAGGAUUCCUAUUUUGAAUACUACUCCUGAUAACGAAAAGCAGAACCCUGCACACAGAAAACUAGCAGAUCAGGGAGAAGCCCAGCUGUUCUGGUUUUAUCUUUGCAAGAUUUUUAACAUAAAGGUAAAGGUAAAGGAACCCCUGACCGUUAGGUCCUGUCACGGACAACUCUGGGGUUGCAGUGCUCAUCUUGCUUUACUGGCCGAGGGACCUGGCAUACAGUUUCUGGGUCAUGUGGCCAACGUGACUAAGCCGCUUCUGGCGAACCAGAGCAGCGCACGGAAACGCCGUUUACCUUCCCGCCGGAGUGGUACCUAUUUAUCUACUUGCACUUUGAUGUGCUUUUGAACUGCUAGGUUGGCAGGAGCAGGGACUGAGCAACGGGAGCUCACCCAAAUAGGUGUUUCUGUACCUGCAGCAUGAAGUGGUCCACCAUCCCAUCUAUUGCCUCAAUCUACUGCAUGUUAAGACAAGGCAUCUAAAUUUUACUCAAGAGUAGACCUGCUGAAAUUAAUUUCUCUAACUUAGCCGUAUUCCUUAAUUUCCUUGGGUGAGUUGAAUGUGGGAACCAUUUCUGGGACAUGAUCUGUGGCUUCGAAUGUAAGACAAACUCAAGGAGACAUAGAUGUCUUUGUUGCAUUUGCUGUGGGGAAAGAGGGACUGUAUUUCUGCUGCUGUAUUUCUUAUACCAGUUCAGCCAUUCAGGCAACAAAAAGGGCAUCUAGCUUCCUGCAUUUACUCCAGAAGCAGCUUAGUCAUGCUAGCCUCAUGACCCGGAAGCUGUACGCCAGCUCCCUCGGCCAAUAAAGCAAGAUGAGCGCCGCAACCCCAGAGUCGGUCACGACUGGACCUAAUGGUCAGGGGUCCCUUUCUCUUUACCUUUUAGGAAGGUUGAAGGAGCACUUUCUAGGAAUACUCUGAGUGAGUCAUGAUUCUUUGAGCUGGCAAAUGCUCUGUGAUCCUGGAGGAGACCUCCUCUUACCAGGCAGGCUGAUGUGGCGAGCACACUUGAGUGGCCAAAGAGAAACAACUGUAGACUCCACCAAAUCCAGACACAAUGGGUUCAAUUCAUUCCCCAGGUCUCAAUUCCACUCGCUUUGUAGGCCUACAGCAGAGAAGAAUUCCAUGCAUUUUCUCUGAAUGAAGCAUUUGUUCAGCAUGCAGAAAUGGUUAUUCUAUCCAGAAAUUGUGAUCUUUCCCCAAAACAGCUGUGUUCGAAUGUAGAUCGAAUAAAAGCAAAAUGUAACAGAUGGGGAAAGCCCUUGGUAAAUGACCGUGACACUCUUGUUUCUCCAGAGUCCUUGUUGUUACGAAAUGGCUAUCUUACUUUCUUGCAGCUGGUGGGAAAAUAAGUAUCCCCAACCUGUUUUACCAGGGUUAACUUUGUGUCUGUGGUGCUAUAUAAGCGGAACUUCAAAAAACAAACAAACCUUAUUCUCUAUAUACAUUAAACUACCACCACUGUAGAAUUUUGUGUUUGAACAUCUUGAUGUGUGUUUACAGACGUUCUAGACUUGAGGCCACCUGUGAAAGUAUGGCUAGUUUUGUGCAGCAGUUUUUGAAGAGUGAGGCAGGCCUCUUUACUGAGUUAAAGCCAGUUGCUAGAGGAGCUGGAGUACCUGCCUGACCACUCCCUCUGUGUAAAUGUUGGCUAGCAGGUAGGAAGGCUACCACACCUCAUCAUCACGUUUUCUGUUCUGUUGCUUCAUUAAGAGAGGUCCUGUGCCCAGCCUGGUGACAUUUUCAAGCCCUGAAACAAAAAGUCCAAAUUAUGCCAUUCCCCAAUGUGUGUGUGUAUAAUCUCCUAAAAAAGAUUUAGGAGAGUUGUGAAACUGGUGCCUUCAUUAACUUAUGAAUUUGCAGCCUACCUAGUAUUGCUCCAGCAACACUGGCCUAGUCACUUCACAUUGUCUGUGAUGGAUGGGUGGGUGGGUGCGUGGGUGUUGGACCAAUUCAACUUUGUGUUCGUAUAGAAAACAGGGUCAGAAAAGUAGCACCCCUACAGAUGUUCCUGGGCUCUUGAGUCCAAUCAACCCCAGUUGACAUGGUCAGGGAUGAUGGGAUUUGUGGUCCAGCAACCUCUGGUGGGUGACAGCAUCCACAUCCUUUAGCUAGAGCAGGCUUCCUCAACCUUGGCCCUCCAGAUGUUUUUGGCCUACAACUCCCAUGAUCCCUAGCUAGCAGGACCAGUGGUCAGGGAUGAUGGGAUUUGUAGUCUCAAAACAUCUGGAGGGCCGGGAUUGAGGAAGCCUGACCUAGAGUGACCUCUCCAUAGAUUGAUUUGAUCUUGUGCAAUGUGGUUUGGGACUGGAGGUGAUUCCAGAUAUUUUACUUGUGCCUGAGGUGGGGUGGGGUUCCUUUUUCUUCUUUGUUCAGUGGUGGCUGAUUAGGGAUCCCACCUGGAGAUAUGAGGGCUCAGCAUCUGGCCACGAACACCGGUUUCUGAUGUUGGCCCAGCUCAGACCCUUCCUUAGUUUUGUUGUCCGCAUCUUCAAGCAACAUUCACAAUGACGAUAAUACUUUUUAUGUUCAAGCUGUCGAGAACAAUUCCUGGUUUGCACAGGUCCAAACCAGACAAGGGUGACUGCAUUUAACAUGUCUAGUGUUUUUCUGCUAAAGAACAGCUGUAAGUGGUGUGCGAUUGGGACUGAAACCAUGACAUGCAAGACCCAAUGAAAAUAGCCUCCUCCUCCAAGCUCCUGUUCACUCUCUUCUUGGUCUUAGCAGCAGCUUGGAGAAAGAUCUCGCCGAAUUCAUGGUAUUCACUCUCUUCUCUGUGCAUCAAGGACCUAAUCCCUCUUCUGGCUGUUACUUAGAAGAAGAAAAAAGCUAGACAUUGAAUAUCAUGCCUAGUUUGUUCUAUAAUCACCAUCCCUUUGAGAAAUCUGAACCAUCUUCAAAAUACAGCUGGCAUAGGAAAAUGUUAGUAUGAGCCGGCUACCACAUGGGUUCAUCUGUAGGAGCUUCUGUGGUAGUAGCAGUUGAGUAAAUUUCCGUGACUAGCUUCUGGUUGCAUAUAACAUCCAACUGGCUGGUGUCCUUCAGAUGCUGGAAUCCAACACCCAUCAGCUCCAGCUAGCUUGACCAAUGGUCAGAGAUGAUGCAGGUUGUAAUCCAGAUGCAUCUAGACCUGUGGUUCCCAAAAUUGGGUCUCCAGCUGUUUUUGGACUACAGCUCCCAUCAUUCCUGAUCACUGGUGCUGCAAGCUAGGGAUGAUGGGAGUUGUAGUCCAAAAAUAGCUGGAGGCCCAAGUUUGGGGAACACUGAUCUAGAGAGACACAGGUUCACCACCCCUGAUCUACUAAAUUUAUGUCUUGACCUUCCUUCAGGGAGCUCUGGGUGGGAUGCAUAUCACCCUCUUUAUAUCCUCAUGAAAACAACCCCGUGUGAUGUGGAUAGCAAGAUGUGUCUUCCCUUUGGCUCCCUGUUGGUGUCACACUGUUGUCUGGGGAUUUGAACCCAGAUCUCCCUAAGUGUGAAGACAGACAUAACCUCCUAGAUCACAGGUGACUAACGGUAUGUGUCCAAUCUGUCUGCUCUCAACAACCUUCUUUGUUUUUGUUUCGUUCAGUGCAAAACACUCAGCAGUGGAGUCUCAAAAUAGAGCUAGAUUUUGAUGUCAUCAGCUCAAAGCCAGUUGCUGCUCUCGCGACUGUGAGCAUUCCUGAGCUGCAGACGCAGCAGACAUUCACAGUGGAGCUUCGUCCUGGUGAAGGCAGCACCGUGCUGCUCGUAAACAUAAGUAAGGUGAGGGCCAGUCCUGCUGAAUGCAAAACUUUUUCCUCCGGUGUGAAAAUCAAUGCUGUGUAUGGGUCUGCACCAAUAAGGCCAUAGAUGUUACUCAACCACAAAAAAAGUCCUGCUGUUUUGCACACCCAUAUAUGGGAAGUCUGUGGGCACAAUUCACGCAAGGGAAUAUACUGUGGUUUUCAGUGGGAGAAUUAAGCCAGUGCAACCUUUUAUUAAUCACUGGACUUGCUCUGAAUUGAAAGGAGGACUUCAAACGUCGUUCUUUCUGCAGCUGCCUCUACACAUGGCUUCAGAGCUGGCUACAGGUGAUGAGUAAAAAAACCCCCAACCGAAACAAAAGCUUGUGAUUAUUGCUAAUUUCUAAAUAAUAAUUUUGAAGGCACAAAUGCAAGAGUAAGAGGAGAAGCCGGUUAACUCAAUAAGCUGGGAGAACCUAUGCCCCUGCUCCCGAUAUUUUAUCCUUGCCCAUUGGCUGAUGGGAGUUGGAGUCCAAUGAGGGCCACAGGUUCCUUACACCUUCACAAAGCCAUGAGCCUUGAACCCUGAUCUCCCACCCAAAAACUCAGAACCGCUUGCCCAUGGUUAUUGGAUGGGCUGUAGCGUCCUAGUAACACCGUGUGUAUUUUUCAGCUUGCCUGCCCCACGGCAGAUUAUCUUUCCUGACCCCAUGAUCUUGCAUUCUGAUUAGAAAGCAAUCAAGAGUUGUGUGUGUGUUUAUGGACUGAAGGCAGCCUUGAGUCCCUAAUUUAUGUUGCUGGAUUGCGUUCUGUGUAUUAAAACAAUAGGAAAUGUACCAUUGAAGCUGCAAAAGUCAUCUCUGGGCAGUGUUUCAAAGCUGGAGCUGUGAGAGCUGACUGCAGCCUUCUUAAAAAUGUGUAAUUCCCACCCCACCCCCCACCAAAAUUGAGUGCACAUAGUGUUUUCCAGCUAAGAAAUAGCAAAUGGGUGAGUGGGGAUAUGACAUCACUACUAGCCAAUGAAUACCCUCCCGCAGUGCCUUUGCUUCUAAAGCUAUUCUGCAUUUCACAGACCACGGUGGAAGAUGCAUAUUAAUAAUGCUUCGUUCCCUGCGCUAGGAAUUCAUGGGCAUUUUGCAUGCUGCCGUUGGAAGUAAUUCCAGAGAAUGAAAGGUGGAACAUUAGGGGCUCAGCUAUGUAAUCAUGCCUUGGUAACAGGCAUGACAAAUCAUAUUGUUAAAUUGUUUCCUCUGUACUUGCUUUCUCUUUGUGAAAUGCUCACUUGAUGCAUUAACGUGUCCAACACUGAUCCAUCUGUUUUGAUGUUUGCGCACCCUUAUUACCUUUUAGACAUUUUGCUGGACCCAGUAAUUGACAAAAAUUGUGCACCAGCAUUUGUUUUACGCGAACAGUGAGCUAUCGCUGCUGUCUACAAAUAAGCAGCUUAUUUUAUGUAGAAAUGGAGCAUCACAAAGACAACCAAAUUGUGAAAACUCAACAGUCAUUUUUAUAGAGUCGUGUAGUAUGCUAAUAAAACAGGGUGGGGCUGAUUCCCUUGUGAAAGGUUCAGAUACAGUAUAUUGCUUCUGGAUGCACUGAGGAGGAUCUCCUGGGAACAUCUGUUCAAGCCCCAUUGAAAAUGACCCACUGGAAUGAAUGGGAGCUUUGCAAGUAAAUACCUUUUGCGCAGCAUGCCUGGAACAGUGACCUACAGAACAAAGUGCAAUUUUCAUGCUAAAAAUGCUCUGUAAAUGAUUGCUGACAGAAGUGGGAACCAACAAUAAUGUGUUGCAGUGUAUCUUCAGCCUCACAUAGAAAUGCUCCUGUUCCAUGCUCCAUGCUCCCUACAUUGUUUGGGGCUUGAAGAGCACACAUCUCCCCCCAGCCUAGAACUCUUUCUCUAACAUGCUAAAGGGCUCAAGGUCAGAGCUAGCUGCUUGCCUUGAAUCUGAGCAUUGAAUUGCUUUACAUGGCUUGGGUGGGUGCUGGGAAGAAUAAUGUAAGGAGAACAUCUUUUAUAACUCCAUUGUGCAGACUACUAUGCAUUGGACAGAGCCCCCUCUCUGGACACUGGUAUCAUUGCAGCUUACCUGGAGAAGGCUGGGGUGGUGUAGGUUGGCAGCAAGGGCAGGGCUGUGGGUGCGAAUUUCUGUCUGCUCCAGAUAAGCUCUUGCCUCCCAUUAAUGGCUCUUGGCUUGCUAUUUGAAGAAAACUUACUUCAGCGCUUUGUGCUAUCAACAUAAUCUUUUCUGGACUCUUUAAAUUUUAAUUUCAUUUGCUUCUUUUCUUUUCUUUUCUUUUCUUUUCUUUUCUUUUAAAAAGGCUGCAGCACUGGAGACUUGGUGGCCAAGAGGACAUGGGAACCAGACUGGGUACAACAUGACAACUACAUUCAUUGCAGAGGGAGGUUGCAAGAUUGAGAAGCAUUCUAAGGUAUGUCAAGUCUGGAACACAGGAAGCUCGCUUAUGCUGAGUCUGACCAUUGGUCUGUGUAGCACACUAGACACGACUGGCAGCAGCUCUACGGACGCUCCAAGUGGCCACCAAGGCACAUUCCUAGCACCCACUGGGGUGGAAACUCUCUAGGUCAGGGGUAGGCAACCUAAGGUCCGUGGAACGGAUGCGGCCCAGUCGCCUUCUAAAUCUGACCUGAGGAUGGUCUGGGAAUCAAUGUGUUUUUACAUGAGUAGAAUGUGUGCUUCUAUUUAAAAUUCACCUCUGGGUUAUUUGUGGGGCAUAGGAAUUUGUUCAUUCCCCCCCCCCCGGCAAAAAAAAAAUAUAGUCCAGCCCACCACAUGGUCUGAGGGAUGGUGGACCAGCUCAUGGCUGAGAAAGGUUGCUGACCCCUGCUCUGGGUGAUCAGGCCAGUUAAUGUGAUAAGCAAACACUACAGCCCUCACAUGGAGCUCCUCCACCUGGAAGUGGUUUUCAGCAGUCUUGAAGGCUGUAAUGCUUGUAUUAGGUCUGAAACAGGCCCUUCCAGACAUCCAGAGGAUCCCAGGUUAAAAAAAGAGGGAGUAAAAGAACUAUGAGGGUAAUCUGACAUGGCAAUAAUUUUGUUUGUUUUGCUGUGUUACCAUGCAUCCAUAAAAUAUUUUUUUAAAAGAAGAGAGCAGGAGAAUCCAGGGCUGCUUCCAGCUUUUGAGCCCACUAGCCAUAAUAAAAAAAAUGAUGACACAUGGAAACAAAACAAGACAUUAAAAAAAGCGUGGGACUUAAUGUUAGUAUUUUUUUCUUUUCUAGCAUUUUUCCCCCUGUGCAAAUGCUCUGGUUAUUAAGGAAAAGAAUCUAUCUUUUGUGCAAUAUUGCGGACUGUUUAAGAUGAUGCAAUCUGUUACUAAAUAUCACCUCUCAUUUGCUUAAAUUUGCAGCUCUAAGCUGCUAGCCAUGAUGGCUGUGCUCUGACCUCUCAGUUGGAGGCAGUAGUGCUUCUGAAUAGCAGUUGCUGGAAAUCACAAGAGGGGUCCUGCUUGUGGGUUUCCUGCAGGCAUCUUGUUGGGCCACUGUGAGAACAGGACACCUGAUUAGUUGGGCUAUUGGCGUGAUUGAGCAGGCUCUUUGUAUGUUCUUAAGAGUGUGUCACAUAAAAGCAGGUUGUGCAUAAAAGCAGGUUGCAAAAUGUAUGAAAUGCCAAAAAACGCACCCAUAAGUGUCUAAAUCUGAGGCCCCCUUUGAGCUUGAGGCUCAGGUCAAACAGCCCUCCUGCCCACCCCAGUCUGAUUAGCCCUGAUCUUAAAUUAUCAGAAGAUGGCACAAACUAUUCUACUGGUUAGCUGUCCUCUCUGUGUAGCACCUGCGCUGCCAGUCAGACUUGAAGACAAAUUAACAACAACUUCAAAAUUCAAGAGGAAAACCUUUACGGCUGGGUUUUCCAAAUUUUCAAGCUCGUGUCAUUUCUGGACUCUUAGCAGCUGGUAUCUGCAAUACGGAUCUGCAAACAGAAAUGCAGUGAUUUUGAUAUGAAAUUGUGCAGUGGAAAUUCUCAUCAGGGUUUAGCUGUGAUGCACUGAAACUUUAGACUUAGGAAAUUUGAGACUCCUCUUGUCAACUUUAGUAUUCUUUAACAAUAAUAGUUUUCUGACUUAAAGCACCCAUUUAGUAAUUUUGCAGAACACAGGAGUCCUUUUGGUGCAUGGGAAUGGCAAGUGACAGGAUAACUUAAAUCUCUAUUCAUGAGCGUAGUUCAUCUCUGGUAGUGGAGAGAAUUAAUAAGUAUAUUAUUUCAUUUAGGGAGGAAAGUGGAACAGUCUGUUGUAUUUGACUCUUGUUUUUUGCUUUAGUUCCAGGAAAUGCUGUGCUCUCCUUACUGUAGGCAUAGUUGAUAAGAUACACAUUUUUUUUCACUAUACAACGAAGCUGGUGGUUAAUGAUUUCCUGAACAAUGCACUUUCUUUGUCCUGGAGUUAAAAGGGAAAAAAAACAGUUCCCAUCUGCUGUUAAAAAUAGCAACUUUGUGUAUUAGUUGUAUCUCCCUUCCAAGUGCCAAAGACCUCUGAAUGCAGUUGUUGUUUAAAAAACAGAAAGGACUAUAAAAUGUGUUUUUUUCUAUUUGGGGAAUAAUAUAUGUCCAAAUAAAAUAAAAGUAUUUUCAUCGAUUGGAAACCUAUCUGAACAGAUCAGUAUUUAACUAUAUGGAAAGCACUACUUAUUGUUUCCUUUUAAAAAAAGUACGGAUCAUUUUAUGAAUCCUUUUCCUUUUGAAAUAAAACACAUUUCAAUUGAACAAAAAGUUUUUACCUUGGGAUUCUAGGAAAUUUUUAGCAACUCCUGAAAGAGACUGCUUGGCUUCAUGCCCAAAGACCUUGUGCUGAUAAGAAAAGCGAAUGACUUAAAAAGAGGGGAAGUUGUAAGUUUGAAAGGAAACUCAGCAGGAAAACUGGAGUAUUCCCGUUUAGGAUCAUAAUCUGUGUGUUGCUGGACCAGACCAAAGGCCUAUCUAGUUCCACCAUCCUUUUUCCCAUAUUGGCCAACAAGAUGCCCAUGGGAAGCCCACAGGACAUGAUGAGAAUAGCCCUCUCUGGUCAUCGUUCCCCAGUGACUGGUAUUCAGAUAGACUGCCUUUGAAACUGGAGUUGCUAUUAUACUCAUCUUGACUAGUAGCCAUUCAUUUAUCUAAUUUAUCUAAUCACCUUUUAAAGUGAUCCAUGUUGGUGACUAUCUUAUGGUAGCAAAUUCUGUAGAAGAAGAGGAGUUUGGAUUUGACAUCCCGCUUUAUCACUACCUGAAGGAGUCUCAAAGCGGCUAACAUUCUCCUUUCCCUUCCUCCCCCACAACAAAUACUCUGUGAGGUGAGUGAGGCUGAGAGACUUCAAAGAAGUGUGACUGGCCCAAGGUCACCCAGCAGCUGCAUGUGGAGGAGCGGAGACGCGAACCUGGUUCACCAGAUAACGAGUCCAUCACUCUUAACCACUACACCACACUGGCUCUCCAGCACAUUAUUUCCAGUCCUAACUUUUGUCUGUCCUAAAUUCUCCCAAUGUUCAGCUUCGCUGGUUGACACCGGCCCAGAGAGAGGGAGAAAAAUGUUCCUCUAUCCAAUUUCUUCACACCUUGCACAAUUUUGCACACCUUUGUCUUGCUUCCUAUUUUUAUUUUUUCUUCAUUAAGUAGCCCCCAAGGCAAGAUGAACCAGGGAAGAACUUCUGAAAAUAAAUAAAUAAUGGAUUUGAUAUCUGCUUUAUCACUACCUGAAGGAGUCUCAAAGCGGCUAACAUUCUCCUUUCCCUUCCUCCCCCACAACAAACACUCUAUGAGGUGAGUGGGCCUGAGAGACUUCAAAGAAGUGUGACUAGCCCAAGGUCACCCAGCAGCUGCAUGUGGAGGAACGGGGAAGCGAACCCGGUUCACCAGAUUCCGAGUCCACCACUCUUAACCACUACACUACACUGGCAUAGCACUUGCCAGUAUUGUACCACUGUUUCCCAGAUGCCUGACAGUCCGUCUCCUUUUUGCAGUUCUAGGCAGGCAGCAAAAACUGAAAGUUACUGAGUUAUUGGUAGGCUGCCUUUCGCUCGAUGGAUUGUAGACGGUGUAAACUGGAGAUAAGCCCUACAUUACUGCAUAUCUUUCUGGACUCCACAGCCACCUUGUCAGAAACCAAAGCUUUUGAGGUUGCAGCGUGGCUUUUAGCUCAAGCUCUGCACAUGAGCCGGCUUUAGCUGCAUGCCUAGUUAUCGAGAGUUGCCUCCUGACAGCCUAUUUCCAUGGCAGGCAAAGAAAACACUUUGAAAAGGGCACAUCGCAGCAAGCUGGUCAGCGUUGCCCUUUAAAAGAGACCCACAACAGUUCAUUGGGGCACCUUGCCCCCAAUUUAAUACCGCGUUGCUUUCACAGAGAUCAAGUGUGAAAGGAAUUAAUUUGAGCAGACUGUGCCUAUUUAGCCUUAACAAGAUACGGUCUUGAGUGCUGCAUCCCUGAGACCUGUUUUUUAUGGCUCACAAAAACUGUGAGCAUUUUCUGGAAUGCUUGAGGAAUGAUUUUGCGCUUCCUUUGCCUAGAGGAGGGAUGGGGAACCUGUGGUCUUCCAGAUAUUGUUGGACUUCAGCUCCCAUCAGCUCCAGGCCAACAUGAAUGGCCCAGAAUAAUGAGAGUUGGAGUGCAAGAGCAAACAUCUGGAGAGCCACAGGCUGCUCAUCCUUGGUGUAGCUGUUCCUGGAGGAAGAACUGUGAGGGGAGAGACUCCAUCAGGCAAGGCCUCCUUCCACCUGCCUUGCCCCACCCCCUGGACCUGGGUCUCCUCAUAAGGAAGCUGUGCCUGGAGGAAGAACUGUGAGGGGAGAGACUCCAUCAGGCAAGGCCACCUUCCACCUGCCUUGCUCUACCCUCUAGUCUCUGCUUCUCGGUGUGUAUUGUAUUAUUUUAUGUACUGUGGCUUGCCGUUGUUUUAUUGAUUAUAAUUAGAUAUUAUUGUAACUGUUGAGUGGAUUUCUGUUUAACUUUUAUAUGUUGAUAUUAUUAUUUUAUACUAUUCUAAUUGAUUGUUGAAUGUUACUUUUUGAUGUAGGCUGCCUAUUUUAAAGUUAUGUUUUAUCACAUUUUUGUGUUGCAUUAGAUUGUUAUAAGAUGUGCAUUUUUUGUUUCUUCAGCUUGUAAACCGCCUUGAGUAUUGUAAGAUAGAAAGACGGUGUCCAAAUUAAAAAUGAUGAUGAUGAUGAUGGUGUAGAACAGGGCUUCCCAAACUUGGGUCUCCAGCUGUUGUUGGACUACAACUUCCAUCAUCCCUAGCUAGCAGGACCAGUGGCCGGGGAUGAUGGGAAUUGUAGUCCAAGCUUGUAAGGCACCCCUUGUCCUAAUACAAGCUCCCUUACUGAAAUGAAAGCAUGUCUUACUCAUUCAUCUGCUCCUUGAAAGUUCCCAAAUUAAAGGGUUCCGUUCUGCUGUGAGUUAGCUUGCUUUAACUGCUUUGUUAUAAGAAUUUAAGAAGAGCCCUGCUUGAUCAGAUGAAAGGCCUGUCUUCUCCUGCAUCCUCUUUUUACAGGGGGAAGCCAGAUGUUUAAGGGAUGCUCACAAGCAGGACAUGGGCACAAUAGUUAUAGCUGUUUUUCUGUCUGCUCCUCUGUAAGCAGCAGCAGAAUUAGUGAAGCAGAUCUCUAUCAGAAGCAGAAUUAGUGAAGAGACUUGGGCCCCUUUUUAAUCUGGCUUUGGGUGCGUGUAGCCUCUUUCUGUAAAUGGAGUUUGAUUACAAUCAGCGUUUAGCCUCGUCGUUUCAUUAAAUUUCUCUCUCAGUAAUCAAAAGCAAACUGUGUGGGUGUUUGCAGCACUAAUACAUGCUGUCUGUUGGAGGGGAGGGGGUGUUUGGAGAAGAGGCACUAAAAUCUUCCAGCAAUCUCUUCCUCAAAUUAAAAUAAAUUCACUCUAUACACAAGAAACACUUUCAUAAAUCUUGCAAACAGGUUACAUUUCCCACCCCAUAUUUUAUAUACGAAAAAAGGCAAAAAUAUGCAGGGAAAUAUGGGUUUCCUGACUGAUCCUGAUGGAAAAGGUUUAUUUAAUGACUGCUGUAAAACUAUUCACAUUUUAAUUUCUCCUCAGGUUUAUUUCCGAACAGUGGAACUUGUAGAAGAGCCCAUUCCUGGCUCACCUGGUUUGAGUUUUUAUUUCAGAAUCAAUGGACUCCCUAUUUUUAUGAAGGGUUCCAACUGGAUUCCAGCUGAUUCUUUUCAAGACAGAGUGACCUCUAAAAGGUGAGUUUGGGUGGCUGGGUUUCAAACAUUCACAUGGGUGCAAAGGAUUUAUUUUUGCCUACCAAUACUGAGUAGGGCUUACCAGAACUGAUUUUGGCCAUGAGAGUACAGCUCUUUUACAUGACUUUAUCAUUUGAGAAUUGAUGUGGAGAUUGUUUCUUUAGAAGAGAUCCCAUGUCAGAAGCUCCUUGCAGAUGAACAGUUAGUAUGCCAGGAAGAAGGCCCUUAGCUUAUCCAUCUGCCUCAAAUAUUAGUUUUCCACAUGCAGGCAAAUCUAAACAUGGACCUACUUUCAAAGAAGGGAUUCUCCCCAACCCUCUGUGGCAUGUGGAAUAGGCUUGUUAGAGGACUAUAUCACAUGCCUUCCUGUGAGUUUCAGUAAACUUUUAUGGCCAUUUUAUACAGUCAGCAGAAUCAAAUGGUAAAGUUUAUGGCGCAACCUUCUGGGGACUAUAUAAGCUGCAGGUAUAGAGGUUGCAUGUUGAAUAUUCUACCAUUCAUUAAGAAAAAUCCUUUCACAUAGAAAACAAGCAAAAAUGUUCACCUUAGCCUUCUCCAGGAUGCUUUUUAAAAAAGAAAGUAUAGGGGAUUUUUUUUUUUAAUGGGGAAACAUUCAAAAGGCAGUCCCAAAACUGCUGUUGGAAAUGCUAAAGUCCUGGAAAAGCUUUAAUGUUUGAUAUUGUUGUUAUGUCUAAACAGGCUCUAAAAGUUGGAAGGUUUUUUGUCACAUUAAGGUGGGGUAGGGCUGGCUGGCUGAAAACCUCUAAUGCUGUUGUGUGGUGUAGUGGUUAAGAGCAGUGGACUCGUAAUCGCAUCCCCGCUCCUCCACAUGCAGCUGCUGGAUGACCUUAGGCUAGUCACACUUCUCUGAAGUCUCUCAGCCUCACUCACCUCACAGAGUGUUUGUUGUGGGGGAGGAAGGGAAAAGGAGAUUGUUAGCUGCUUUGAGACUCCUUAGGGUAGUGAUAAAGCUGGAUAUCAAAUCCAAAAAACUCUCUUCCUUCCUGCAACCUACCCUUGACACCCAUUUCCCCUUCCAGCUGUGGUGACAUGGAUGCUCUGAUACACUUAUGGAGCUUCCCUGCUUGAGAGUGUGGAGCUCCACAUUCGCUUAACCCAUGAGGAGAAGGUUAGAGUCGAUAAGUCAGGAGCACUGAGAAUGAAUAGGAAAGUCGAGACCCACAGACGCUCCCAAAUAUGGCCCUCCAAGUCUCUCUGUCUUACCCCUCAGUGGGGUAGCUCUGUUGGUAGAGCAUGAUUCACUUAAUCAUGAGUUUGAGCCCCACAUUGAGCAAAAGAUUCCUUCAUUGCAGGGGGCUGGAAUACAUGACCUUCCUGGUCCCUUCCAGCUCUACAAUUCUAUGAUUCUUUCUAGGUCACAUCACAAUUAAAAUAUAGCUAUGUUCACACUCCGCUUCUGCUGAACGGCUCCCUUUAUUUAGCUUUGGCUAAUCCUGAGCACACCGUUUAAGCUACAGUAUUGCACUCUUUCAAGUGAAGUCCGGCUAGGUUUCCUUAAGCCCUCUCUGCAACUAAUUCAGUUUCUCUCCUACUGCAGAUCUGCUUAACUUUUAGUUCCACUUGUGUUUUGACAGGUUAAGGAUCCUCUUGCAGUCGGCGGCUGAUGCCAACAUGAAUAUGCUCCGCGUUUGGGGAGGAGGCAUAUAUGAGCAAGAUGAGUUCUACGAAAUGUGCAAUGAACUCGGAAUCAUGGUAAAGAAAAAAAGAAAAGAAAAGAAAAGAAAAAGCAAUACUCUGCAACUCCUAAUAUUUAAAGUUGACAUACGAAAUAAAUCUGAAAAUAGCUUUUUAUUUCCCCUUCCCCAUUAACCUGUAACCUUGAAAACAUGUGCUGGAUCAGACUUAAGGCCCAUCUAUUUGGGCAUCCUGCCAGACUGUAAAAUUAGGUUCCCAGGCUUUAGGUUGUAGCAACAUUCUGUUUUUAGAAAGGUGAGGAUAAUGGAAGUGCUCAAUAUAUAGCAAAUGGAGGGUUAGAUACUGCAGUUGUUUGACAACUGUAGAACGGGGUUGAAAACUUGAUUAGGACCAAGGCCUGCUUUCUUUUUGUUCCAGUCUAGGCAGAACUAGCAACUCCUAGCAGUAAACAGGAAAUAAAGUGAAAUGAAAUCAACUCAACUGCUUUGCCCAAAACGGGCCUUGUCAAAAGGUUAUGGAACCUUCCCAGAUGCUGAGAGCAGGUAUCCCUCCGUACAGAUACAAUUUCCAGUCUUGAUUUCUUCCUCUAGGUAAGCCUAGGGGAAAGGGAGGACUCAUGAUUCUUUCUUCCACGUGUGUCCAGUGACACCUUGUUAACUUCCAGCACGCCUUCCAACAUUUCUCCGAUGAAAAUAGGGAUGUUCUAUUCCGUGAUAAUAUUAAUUUUAUUAUUUAUAUCCUGCCCAGCUGACUGAGCUGCCCCAACUACUCUGGGUGCUUUCCAACAUAGAUAAAAACAUAAUAAAAAAUGGAGCAUGGGAAAACCUCCCUGUUCAGGGCUGCCUUCAGAUGUUAUCUCCUUGGUUCGGGGGUUGCAUAACAUUUCUUUUGUAAUGAAAAUAGGGGCAUCCUGAGGAAAAAGAGGGCAUUCCAGGAUCAAAUCAGAAACCAGGAAGGAAGGCUUCUUUAAAUCUGGGACUCUCCCUGGAAAACAGGGACAAUGGAAGAGUAUGUUAGAGCGGCUUUGGAUGUUAUGACAAGGCAAAGGAAGUGGGAAGUACAAGUGUGCUUCUUCUGCUGUAGAUACUCAUGCAAGAAAGACUGCACACCUCCACACUGUAGUAGUAGUAGUAGUAGUAAUAGUAGUAGUAAUAAUAAUAAUAAUAAUAAUAAUAAUAAUAAUAAAUUUGGUUUCCCCAGCCACUCUGGGUGGCUCCCAACAGAAAAUAAUAAUAUUAAAGCGAUAAAACAUCAAACAUUAAAAACUUUCUUAAACAGGGCUGCCUUCAGAUGUCUUCUGAAGUCAGAUAGUUGUUUAUUUCCUUGACAUCUGAUGUGAGGGUGUUCCACAGGGUGGGCGCCACUGCCUGGUUCCCUGUAACCUCACUUCUCACAGUGAGGGAUCCGCCAGAAGGCCCUCAGUGUCCGGGCUGAACAAUGGGCGUAGAGACGCUCCUUCAGCUAUACUAGGCUGAGGCCAUUUAGGGUUUUAAAGGUCAGCACCACUUUGAAUUGUGCCCGGAAACACACUGGUCUUUCAGGACCAGUGUUAUAUAGGCUUGGCAGCCACUCCCAGUCACCAGUCUAGCUGCCUCAUUUUGGAUUAGUUGAAGUUUCCUGGUCACCUUCAAAGGUAGCCCCACGUAGAGCGCAUUGCAGUAGUCCAAGCGGGAGAUAACUAGAGCAUGCACCACUCUGGCGAGACAGUCUGCGGGCAGGUAGGGUCUCAGGCAGCGUACCAGAUGGAGCUGGUAGACAGCUGCCCUGGACACAGAAUUGUGCAACAUAGAGAACUGCCUCACAUAGCAGCUUGUACAUCCUCCUGUAAUGGGAGAUGUAAUCCCUGCCUGUUGGGAGUUUUGGCCUCUGGAUAUUUUGGAAUGCCACAAUGAUGAAGGCUGGUCUAAAGAACAUUGUUGUUGUUUAAUCGUUUAGUCGUGUCCGACUCUUCGUGACCUCAUGGACCAGAGCAUGCCAGGCACUCCUGUCUUCCACUGUCUCCCGCAGUUUGGUCAAACUCAUGCUGGUAGCUUCGAGAACACUGUCCAACCAUCUCAUCCUCUGUCGUCCCCUUCUCCUUGUGCCCUCCAUCUUUCCCAACAUCAGGGUCUUUUCCAGGGAGUCUUUUCUUCUCAUGAGGUGGCCAAAGUAUUGGAGCCUCAGCUUCACGAUCUGUCCUUCCAGUGAGCACUCAGGGCUGAUUUCCUUCACAAUGGAUAGGUUUGAUCUUCUCGCAGUCCAUGGGACUCUCAAGAGUCUCCUCCAGCACCAUAAUUCAAAAGCAUAAAUUCUUCGGUGAUCAGCCUUCUUUAUGGUCCAGCUCUCACUUCCAUACAUCACUGCUGGGAAAACCAUAGCUUUUACUAUACGGACCUUUGUUGGCAAGGUGAUGUCUUUGCUUUUUACAUAUUUUAUUAGAACCAGUGUAGUUCACAAAUGGUAAAUGCAGUUGUUCCUUCCUACCCUUUAGCUGUUACAGCUUCAGACACUUUAAAAAAGGAGUCCAGGUGCCAGAGGCCAAUGAUACUUUAAUAUAAUUCUAAAACCAUUCUUGCUUUAGGAAGGCAGGUAACACUUAAAAAUCAGUUUUGGCUUGAGACCAACCACAGAAAGUUUCAGGCCCAGAGGAACAUUUUUAGGAGGUUGUGUACAUGGCUAGAAGGGGGACACCUGCUUUAAACUGCAGAGAAAUAAUUCCUACAUAACCUUGAGAUAUAUAAAGCCUAUAAGCUCACCUUCCUAAGUUCUGAUUAAAGAUGUAAACAAGUAAAGCUUGAUUUUUUUGCUGUUGGAUCUCAUCCAAGUCCAAUGAUUUGGCUUGUUCUUUCAAAGACAUAUCCACCCUUCCAUAUAGCAAAACCCCUCUGGAAACAGAACUUUGCUGGAGUAAAAAAAUAUAUGAUCCUUUUCUGAUACCUUUCUAGGGAGAGACAAGUCUGCUGUGCCUUUAGCAACUGCAGGGCCGGUGGAAAUUUAGAAGGGGAAGCUUCUCUCCCUACUUACUGAAUCUCCAUGCUGGGAGGAGCUGAUUUUCUGCCUGCCAUUUAACUGUCAAAAGGCACAGGAGUCCUGUGAGUGGUUGGUAGGAAGAUGUAAUGUGUGAAAACCCCUUUCCUCAAUGCUGUUUGAGGCUAAAAGCUUCCCAUGUUUGAAAUAGUUAGAUGAGGUCAUUUGCAGCGCUUUAACAAACCUGGACAGCGACUAUUAAUUUGAGAUAGCAACUAUAUUAACAACAUUUUUCGGUGCCACUGCUUGUGUAAAUAAGUCCUAAUUUCUAUGAAUUAUGAGUGUUGCUUUUUUAAAAAUAAUAAUCUGGUUAGGUGUGGUGCAAUCCUGCAGUUGUUCACUCAGCUCACAUGUGUUCAGUGGAGUUUACUCCCAGGUAAAUGUGCAUAGGUUUGUGGUAUUAAUGAGUACUCCACAAUCUUUUAAGUGAUGCAAGCUAGAAAAUAUGCACUCUGUUUACAUGACUGUUUGUCAACUGGCUACUUGUUGAGUUCUUUCAUUUUUCUCUUAAUUCCCUAGAUUUGGCAGGACUUUAUGUUUGCUGUUGCUCUUUACCCAACUGACCACAGCUUCCUAGAUUCAGUAAGAGCCGAAAUUACUCAUCAGGUAUGGUAUUCAGUCCAGUAGGGCCAAGCUCCUAAACUGUAUACAAGCCUAGUCAUGACUAAUAAUUGCACCGUUUUUCUGCUGGCUUUCUGUUGUGUCACGCUUGUGUGAGCGGUGACCUUCUCCUAAGUGCAUCCAAUCAAACAGAAGUGGCAGGGUGCUGGUGGGAUGCAAACAGGAUGCACCAAACUGUGCCACCCUCACAGGCAUGCUUAAGUAAGGAAGCGAGAGAGGGCCUUUUUGGUGGCUGCUCCUUGAUUUUGGAAUUACUUCCCUAGAGAGGCUAGACUGGCUCCCUCCCUGUUGCCCUUCCACUGGCAGGUGAAGACUUUCUUCUUCCAACAGGCUGUUGGGAACUGACUGCUUUUAAUAAAAGGGCUGGUGCAGUACUAUUUUCGUUGUAAUUAUUGGCAUGGUUUUAAUGGAUUAUAUCAAUGUUGAAUUGUUUUUAAAUGAUUUUUUUCUAUGUUUCUAGCUGUUAUUGAGUUAUUGAGUCCCUGUCAGGGAAAAAGGCAAGGUAUAAAUAAAAAUAUAAUAAUAAUAAUAAUAAUAAUAAUAAUAAUAAUAAUACAGGUGCUUUAAAUUAUUUUUUUCUAUGUUUCUAGCUGUUUUUAUUUUUAUCUAUAAGUCAUCUUGAGUCCCUGUCAGGGGAAAAGGCAAGGUAUAAAUAAAAAUAAAAUAAUAAUAAUAAUAAUAAUAAUAAUAAUAAUACAGGUCACAUGCACAAUAGAAGAAUGCUUGCUGAUUAAUUUGUAUGAUUGAACAUUGAACAGUUUGGCUGUCAAAAGUAUGCCAGUAUAAUUCAGAACCAUCCCUGGAAUAGGGCCAGUGCCAUUGCUGUUCACUUCCUUCCUUUUUUCAACUCUCUCCAUCUUCCCUUCUGGUUUGCACAGCUUGACAAGCGAUGAGUAUGCAACCCAAUGGGACGACUGGCUGCCAGGGCACUUUAAAUGCGUUGUGGAGAGGAAAGUUCCCACCCCAUCCUUCCUCUGCUGUUGUGCUGGGUCCAAGUGCAACAUGGAUGGAAAUCCCAUCCAGCAAAGGCAGGCUCUGGGACAGGAACACACUUAGGUUAGAAUCAUAGAAUCGGACCAUAAAAUACCCUCACGCUCAAGUGUUGUGUCCUGAAGGAAUUCCUUCAGAACAAGAAGGAGCUCAUAUUUGUGUCUGAUAAGCCUAACUUGAAAGCAAUUCAAGAAUUUCAAGUUAGGCUUAUCAGAAGGAGGUUUGAAGUCCCCCUUUGCCUCUUCCUUGCGUAAACACUAAUUUUUGACUGGUGCAGUGAGAGCGCCCUCUUCUGUUUUCCCCUUCCAAAUAUAGAGCUAGGAAACCCAUUUUUAACCAGCUCUGGAGCCACGUCGUGUAAAUCUAACCUUGAAUCCUUUGGAAAGUUUAAACCACACCUGAAGCUGACAUUAUUGUAAGUUGUGUCUGAUUUGCAGAUUCAUUAAGACGUUUGGUGAAACCAUGUCCCUUUUAUACCCCGGACUUUAAUCAUUAACACUUCUGACUUUACUCAUUAUUUUUUUUUUAGCACUUACAUGUUAAAAGCUCUGCUUUUCGUUUCAGGUAAAGCGGUUAAAAUCUCACCCGUCUAUCAUUUUAUGGAGCGGGAACAAUGAAAAUGAAGCAGCAAUUGCAUACAACUGGUUCUCUAUUCCAAGCGCAAAGAAGAGCGUUUAUGCCGACGAUUAUGUCACGCUUUAUGUAAAGAAUAUCCGAGAGAUUGUUCUUGCUGUAAGUACUGUUUUGCAGAAGGCUAUGAAGGGUUGAGCUUUGAUAGCAGGCUUUGAAAGUUCUGCUGAAUUGCUGAUUUUACUCUUCUUGUUUGCAACCGUGUCUGUAGUCUGCAUACAUUGCAGGCAAAUCUUUAUCAUUAAAGAUGCAUCAGGCACAAUCUGGAAACAUCUGGAAACAUCUGUUUUCUCUGUAUAUCCAUUGAUGGGCUCAAAUCAGCCCUAACAACCAUUUUGUCUUCUGUAUUUCACCUGCGUUUGUGAUACCCCUGCAAUGUGUAUUAACAUACUCUAUUUUUUUUUAAGUGCCUGGUUAUUUAUUUACAGAUAAAAAGUACUUGCUUUGGGGAAAAUGAGAGUGAUAAGUAAGGGCCAAGCUUGUCGUGUGUCCACUGGUGUUUGCUGUGCUAAACGCUGCAGUUAAUAAAGGGCAGGGAUAAUGUGCCAGGAAGCCUCAACUGGCCUGUAACUCUGGCCUGUAUCUUUGACUGCUGAAGAUUCAGGUCUCCCCCAUCACACUUGGCAGCGUUUAGCUCUGUGCAUACCAGUUUUGUAAGUUGCAAGCAUUCCUGCAAGGUAAAUAUUAACUACUCUUAAUGGACAGCCUGAAAUGUAGAGAACUGAGAAGUCAAAUCUCUCUCUCUCUCUCUCUCUCUCUCUCUCUCUCUCUCUCUCUCUCUCUCUCAUAUUCUGUUUAUGCAGCAUUUAUAGUCAGCAGAUAGUGUAUCCACUUAAGUACUGCUCUCUGGCUGAAGCCUGAUGCUCCCACUAUCAAAUAAGAAGUGCAUAUUCACAUACCCUCUUUCCUUACAAACUUCUUUUUUGGGAAAGGGCUGUAGAGCAUCUCCUUUGCAUUCAAAAGAUCCCAGAUUUAAUCCCAGGCAUCUCUAGAUAGGCCUGUCUAAAACCCAGGAGAGUCUCUGCAGACCAGUUCAGCAUAACUGCUCCAGCACAGAACCGUGUAGGCCCUAGGCAGAAGACUGGCUUUCCAAAGUGAGCACAAGGUAUCUGCAGUGGGGAAGCGAUCAACAUUCAAGUGGAACAUUUCAGGGGCUCCGUGUUAAGACUGGAAAUUGCCACAUAUGGUAUGGGAAGCCUGUGGCCUCCAGAUGUUGGAGAUCCAGAUGUUGGCGCUCCCCUCACCCCUGACCAUUGGCCAUUCUGUUGAGGGCUGAUGAGUGUGGGUGAAUGUGCACAUGUGGAAGCGCAUUGAGCCAUGGGUCUCUCAGUAGGUGGGCAAUCUGUUUGUAAUCCUAUUUUAUGGAUUUUGAUUUUUAAAAAUGUUUUGUAUCAGUUGAAGAACUUUUUAUUUUCCCAGUUCCUUUAAUUCUAAAAUAUUUUCAGCCUUAAAAAUCUUCUAGUUCUUUGUACUAUUUGUGCUUUUGUUUUGUUCUCUAUAUUUAUUUAUUUAUUUAUUUAUUUUUAAAAAGUCAUUCAGAGAACAUACACGUAACCUGGAGGAAAGGCCUCUAGACUCUCCCUAACAGAUGGGAAACAGUUGUGUGCCCAUUGCCUGUAAAGACCUUGAACAUUUGUCCAAAGAAUCAGUUUUGCUUUCAGAUGGAAGCUGACUAUACAAUUUCCCCCCUAAAAUGCGCACGUUCUUCCUCAUACGAAAAUAAAUGGACCGCGCACAAUGCUUUCCUUAGUAUUUGUCUCGCAGUCUGAAGGCAAUAUUUUUCAGAGCAGAUUGCUUUCCUUUGAAUGCUGAAUUUGUUUCUUUGCAGCCGAGCGUCUGACUCCAGGAAGCAGAUAUUCAUUUGUGUGAUAAGCAGAGCAGAACUCAUCCAGCCUAGUGAGAAAUGAAGCCAUGACUCAUUCACCAAUUCAGAAUCUGGCUUUAUUUUUUUGCUUUUGAAAUCGUAGAUGUUUAGCUAGUUUGAAGAAGAAAGAAAUGCUUUAUUAGCCCUUAGCUCUAUUUAUUGUCUUGCGUUGUGUUUUGUUAAACCCAGGAAGACGAGACUCGUCCUUUCAUUACCUCCAGCCCUACCAACGGUCUGGAGUCGGCCAAGGAAGGCUGGCUAGCCCAUGCUCCUUACGACACUCAUUUCGGAGAUAAUCAUUACUACAACUAUGUGAGUGACUGCUGGGAUUGGACCACCUUCCCCAGAACACGAUUUGCCUCGGAGUAUGGCUUUCAGUCCUGGCCUUCCUUCAUUUCCCUGGCACAGGUAAGUCUUUCGAGCCUUUCCCUCUCUUGCAAACUCUGCGAGCAGAAGAAAAGCCAGUUGAUGAUUUCCUCCCAAUGCAAAUGUUAGCUCUUGGGACCAGCUUACUUAAAGAAAUAAUCUUGCUCCCUAUGUGCCUAUUUAAUUGCACUUUUACAAGAGCCACAGCAUGUCUGUUCUGAAUUGUGAGGAGUUGACUUUAGUGUGGCAACACCUGUGCUUUGGAACUUUACCUAUCAGCAGGUUGCCUAUUGGCAGCAAAUUGUUUUAAAUGCUUGCUGAAAACUUCACUUGUUUUGGUGUGUUUUCCCAUACAUAUAAUUUAGUUACCUAUAUUUGUUUUAAAAGUCGUAUUGGUUUUAUCCUUGUGUACAGGGAUGGCGGUUUUAUGUAUCUUUAUUUUUAAUUUGUUUGUGGAUUUUAUUUAUAAUUUUGUUAGUACACUGUUUAGGGAGCUCCUUGCUUAGGUGGUUUAUAAAUUUUCUAAAUAAAUAAAAAGAGGACAUGUUUUCCUUGGGACCACUGUAGGGGAUAAGAGGAUUAUAUUCUCUCUCUCCCUGUCUGCUCUGACCCUUCAUUUACCACCGUCUCCCUCCCAGUAACUUUGCAUUAUUAUUAUUAUUUUAAAAAAAUACAAUUUGCAUUUUAAAGCAACCGCUAAACAUCAAGGACCCCUCCAAACUGGUAUUUUAUUGUGGGUAUAUUUUGUAACAUGUCCUUGGCACAAAAAUAGUGAUCAAUUUAUUUUGCUUUGUUUGUUGUUCUGUGAUGAUUCCUCAGUGCUACAUUAUUGCUGUCCGGAAGGGUUAUAGUGCAACAAAAGUGGGACAACACCCCCCAAACAACAACAACAUAGGACAUUUGUGGUAUGAAAAGCCAGUGGAAGUUACAAGACGUGCACUAGACCUGUUUAGGGAAGUUUUUAAUGUUUGAUGUUUUAUUCUGAUUAAUAUUCUGUUGGGAGCCGCCCAGAGUGGCUGGGGAAACCCAGCCAGAUGGGCGGGCUACAAAUUAUUGUUGUUGUUGUUACUAGGAGUACUGCUACUACUACUAGCUGUAAGUGAAGCAGUAUGACCUUUUGCAUUCACAAAUGGUACUGAAAGUAGGAUUGUGUAGGAUUGCCCCGAUAGCAUCAUGAGCACAAAUAAUCACGAAUGUGCAAUAAAAAGGAUGUUUGGAGUGGGCCUGUGUGCAAAGAUUUCCCUAAAUGUUGAUUCCAGUGGGAGAAUGAUGCACGUGCUCAGCACUGCUGGCAAGGCCACAGAAGAUACCGCCCUGCAAAAAAGUGUGUAGUCAUCUGUUUGCUUGCCCAGGCAUAACUGUGUGUGCUGUGUGUGGCCUGAAAGGCAAAAAGAUCAAUGUCAUAAAUGAAUCCUGCAAAGCUUUCCUCUCUGGUUGCCUGGAGGUAGUUCUUAGGGAGCACAUGGCUGUUGACAAGCCUGAACAAGGCGUAACUUUCUCCUGUCGACAUCAACGAGACUUAGAAGAGUUCAAAUGCUGGCAGAAUGUCCCAGUUUGAAAUGAGGUGUGUGGGUUUGUAAUUGUGUACAGUUCUUUUUACAAGCCUGCCUGCGAAUCAUGUUCCCCAUGUGUAUUAAGGCAUUUAAAGCCAGGGUCAAUUUGGGGAAUUUCCCUUCCUGGAAGGAAAAGUAUCAUUUAAGUGUGCUAAACAAUGGGAGCUCAAUUAGUUGACGAAAGAACAUGUUUGAUCAGACAACAAGAAUUCCCAUUCUUGGCUCUGGGCACAAUGCAGAGAACAAUGGGAGCACUUUUAUUUCACUGAAAGAAACAAGACACAAACCUGUAGCAAAGCACUUACGAAGGUAAGCACCGCUUUUGGGGGGAUUGUGUCUCUCGUCACCAGUUACUUCUGCCUUUCACUUAUUUUUAUGGUUUUGCCUUGGAUAGAUGCAUAAAGGCCUGCCCAAAAUUCUUUUCUACAGGCCUUGGGAAGUUGCACCACCAGCAACUUCCUGUAUUUGUUACGUUGCUGUUGUUUUAUCCUGAUAUUCUGCCAAGGAGCUUAAGGCAGUGUACAUGAGUCUCCCCUCCCAUUUUAUCCUCACGAGGAUAAAAGGUUUUACCUUAUCAGGGUUCAAGGACAAUGCAGCCAGGCAGAAGCAUUUGGGGCACAGUGUAGCCUGGGGAGAUUUCUGGGGGGCAGGCAGAGAGGUAUUUGGCCCCUAGUCCUAUGAUCCCCCACCAAUUGUGUAAACACUGCUAUUUCCCAUGUUCUUUUCUGAUCUGUACAUGUAUACAUUUUCUGUAUGGAGGUAGUUACAGCUUUAAGAUUACAGUCGUACCUUGGAAGCUGAACAACUUAGCUCCCAAACAGAUCAGCUCCCGAACGAUCGAAACCCAGAAGUGAGUGUUUGGUUUUUGAACGAUUUUCAGAAGUCAAACGUCCGGCAUGGCUUCUCAUUGGCUGCAGGAUGCUCCUGCAGCCAACUGGAAGCCACACUUUGGUUUUCGAAUGGUUCUGGGAGUCAAACGGACUCUCAGAACGCAUUCUGUUCGAAAACCAAGGUACCACUGUACAAACUUUGCACAGAGCAUACUUAGAUGAAAUAUAUGCUAGAAUAUGUGUAAAUCAUGCAUGUAUUUGUAGCCAGAGAGUGGUGGAGAACAUUGCUCUCUGCAUACUGUAUUGCAAUCUGCAUAAUUCUCUGAGGGACAUAUUUCUCAAAAGGAUUCUUCAGACAAUUUCCUCCUUGAAUAUUAGGGAGAAAAAUUGUUCUUUGCUCAGGGAUUGGGGAAUAAACGCAUCACACAUAAGGUUCCUCUUUUUGCUUUAGCAGCCCAACGGAUUAGACAGAAUGCCAUUGUACAGCAUGGGGGCCCAGUUUGCUGGGGGACACCUUAUGCUAUGUUUGAAUUUUUGAGAUGACUAUUUUUUAUAAAAAAGUAAAUAUAUGCGAGUGAGUGGCUGCGAAUGUGUAUAAAUCUUAUUUUGUUUUUAAACCACAGGUGUCAUCUGAGGAGGACUGGUCUUACGCGAGCAAUUUCUCCUUGCAUCGGCAACACCACGCUAAUGGCAAUGACCAAAUGCUUCAUCAGGCAGGCCUCCAUUUUAAGCUGCCGCAGGAAGGAGACCCCCUCAAGAACUUUAAGCAAUCCAUCUACCUCACUCAGGUGAGUAUUUGUCAAAAUCUUAAGAGGUUUCUUGUUUGUUAAAGAAGCCAUAAUUGUGGUUGCAUAAUGCAACAUGUAUUGCAGAGAACCUGGUACAAAAUUAUGAUAAUUGUGUCAAGUGUUUGAAUUACACAGUGGGCGAAAUCUUGGGUCCAGUGACAUCUGUUUAAAUUAUCGAUGGGCUUCUCCCCACACACCGUACAGAGAAAUACACAUGUGCCGUUGUGUAUAAAGUGUCGCAUGGCUGUUUGCUUUGUGAUUACAGGCUGUGUAUAUACUGGUUGUCAGGUCUGUGUCUCUCUGUAUGGUGAAACAUUAACUCAGCCCUGUAGGCACAAUGUUAGAUUUGUCUUUUCCUAUCCAGGGAUUAUGACGGUGCACUGAAAACAUGGGGUAUGAAGUUGUUCUUUGGAAACAGGUCUAGAAACCACUUGUGCUUAUCUGCAACAACUGACGACCUCGUAAGAGUCCUGGAAAGACUCUGAUGGGCAGUUUUCAAUAUCUGCAAGGAUAGCCACAUUAGUCUGCUGCAGCAAAAACAACCAAAAGCCUUUUGGCACAUAAAAGGCCAGCAUUGUUUAUGUUAUGGCAUAAACUUCUCUGGGCUAGAGCCCACUAUGUCAGAUGCAAGGGGUAUGAGUCUCAGUUGUCAGAUAUAAAGGGAGCAAGGGAAGGGGGGAAAUGGGAUGCAAAAGGAUUGUGGAUGAAAAAUGACGUUUUACAGCAACAUUGGCUGGCAAUUACACAGUCACUAUAGCGUUGCUGAGUAAGGUGAUAAUAGAAUUAGAGACUAAAAUGUAUUCAUACAUUUUGCUGUGAAAGGUAAUUUUGCAUACGUUCGAGCUAUUGUUGCUUUGUCACAGGCUGUAAUUUUGCAUGCCGCCGCCUUUCGGCUGCAACAUUCCCUGCUCCCUUUUAUGUGCUUAUACACCAUUGAAAAACAUGGCUGGUAGACUGAGGGUCACACUCCACGAAUCUCAUGAAGUAGGCUCUAAUGCGCGAAAGUUUGUGCCAGGAGAGCAUUUGUUAAGCCUUUAAGGUGCCACAACACUCUUUUUUUUUAAAAAAAAAGAUAUUUAUUAAAAUUUUCAAGAUAUUACAAAAUGAAAAAAGAAAAAAGAAAAAUACAAAAUAAAAAUAGUUAAAAACAACUCAAUCUUUCCAUUACUUAUUUUUCAUUAGCUUGUUUCCCGGACCUCCUCGCGCCUCCCUUUUUUGUAUUCCAGUUCAGUUUGUUAGUUCAGCAAAUCCUUCCCCUCUUUGUUUAUCCUAGUCUUUAAUCUUAAAAUAUUGUGACAUUAAAUUUUUACCUAUUCGUAAUCCAUUUUUCAUAUUCCCUUAUAGUAUUACAGCUAAAAACCACUUAAUUUCUAUCCAACAUCAUUCUAACAUUCAUUAAUCAUUCUAACAUUCAUUAAACACUCUUUUGAGGUUUGUUUUUUAAAUGCUCUUUAUUAAUUUUGCAUAUAGUUUAGAAAAUGAUAAAACGCAACAGGGGGACUCUUGUGAGGUUUGAAUGUAUAUUUUAGGAAUUUUUUAGAGCAUUGUUUGAAAUACACAACCUACCUGCGGGUAUAGGACAGUAUAUAAAUUCAGUAAAUAAAUAAAUACUGCUUACAAAUCAAAGUGGUACCGUCCAGAAAGGGUUUUACUAUGUGAUCUGCUGUUCUCUGUGGUCCAGUCGCAGGGAUCUACAUUAUUGUCCGUAUCUUUCGCAGUUCUAUCAUUACACAAGCACUUAGUAAUUAUAUUUUUUCUUUUUGUUUUGGCUUUCGUUGACUUAGAUUAUGCAGGCCCAGUGCAUAAAGUCCCAAACGGAGUUCUAUCGUCGCAGCCAAAGCGAGAUAAUCAAUGGGGAGGGGCGCACCAUGGGGGCACUAUAUUGGCAACUCAAUGAUAUCUGGCAGGCUCCUUCCUGGGCUUCUCUGGGUAAGUCUUCUCCAGCCAAAGCAAAAUUAGGAAUUGGGCCGCUUUAAUGUGCAUGCUUUCUUACUGUCUUUGCACACCUAUUUUAUUUAUUUGUAUUUCACCUUUGCUGUGAGGAGCUUAAGGUGGUGAAUGUGAUUCUACCCCUCAAUUGCAUCUUCACACCAUCCCUGAGAGGUUGUAUAGGCUGGGAGAAAGUCCCUGGCCCAAGGUCACCUAGUGAGCUUCAUGGCCGAGUGGGAAUUUGGACAAAAUAGUUCUGAUCGUGCAAGGAUUUCCAUUUCUGCGAUUGAACUUCCCCACCCUCUCCUUGGGCUGCACCAUCUCCAGAUCUGUCCUGGUGGGGGAAACCCAGAACAGAUUUAGGAGGGACACAGGAAGGGGAGAGGGAGGGUAAGUUCUGUUGCACAGCCGGAUGUUCUUGUGCUGGCAAGAACUACUUUGUUGGGUACUGUCCAGGGUACCACAAAUUAAAUGGCAGCAUUUUGUCAAAUGCCUUAAAGCACCAAGCUUUUUAGCCAUUUCAGGCAUGCAGUGAUAACCAACGUGGUUCCCUCCAGGUGUUGUGGACCACAACUCCCCUCGUCACUGGCUGAGAGGAGUCGGAGUGCAAAACAUCGGAGGAGCAUAGCACUGGCUACCUUUGGGAUAAGGCUUGACAUUAAAGUCUGGUUCCUACAAUGUCAGCAGUUCCCGAGGGUGUGUGUGCAUGUGUUCCCAUCCCCAGUUUUACCUGGGGUGUGUCCCAGGAAGAGCGAAUAUAAUCUGCAUGUCGUUCUGGUAGAUAACUUUGGUUUGCAGAGGAAAGAAGUUAGGAGAUAUUAAAGCUAGAGCCUUUAAUUAUGUCAUAGGAUUAGAUUAGCCUUUGCUGCUAUACAGGAUGUCAUGAUUUGGUCUGAACAGUCUCUUCCUCUCUGGGCAUGUUUCAAUCGUUGUUGAAAAAUUAAAGAGACAUCUGUUUAAAUUAGCACUUGACUCUCUCAGGGACUAUUAACAGACUGUCAGGGUUUUGUAGUAUGAAUAGCAAGACGUAUAUUUCUGAGCUCUUGGCUCUCCCAAUUCCAUCGUAGUGGAUUCGGGUGGUAACGGUGGUCAGUUCCCACAACCAUGUCUUGGCUUAGGAAGCUGAAAUAUGCAUCAGUGGUCAGAUAUAUGGGUAUAAAGGGGGCAGGAGCAAAUUUUCAUUGAAUAGGGUUCAAACGACAAGGGAGAAAAAGAAAGAUUUAGGUUAAUGAUGAUUUAAAGUGGCACGAUGCUGUUUUAAAUGUAUAGUGCAGUUAGGGCCUUAGUCAUCCACAUGGGACAGCUGUAGCCACGGUGUGAAGUUUCAUCUUUAGGGGAGGAAAGCAAAUUGCAACCACUGUUUGCUGAGCCUCAGGUCUUGUGUAAUGUCACCUUGACAUACCUGAUUCAAAUCACACAUUUUACUUGGAAGGGAUGACUCAGUUUUAGUCUCAUCACAUCUAGCACUUACAUCAUCCAGUGAGCUGAAACCAGCAGCUAUUAGACAGAAUAAUAGCUUUUGGAUGCAUGAUUAUGGUACAGACCAAGGAAAUGAUGCCUUUGGGGUUUGCAGUUGAUUAAUUUAGCACUGGUCCCACAGAGGAGCAGGCUGCCUACUCUGACUGUUGGUGAGAAGAACUUCAGGGAAAACUUAAAAACCAGGAACCUACUGCUGACACCCUCCUUUAUUCUGUGUCUCUAUCCCAUGUCACCCUUAUUAUUUGUUGAUUUGUUAAAGCAUUUCUACUAUAUACCCUUCAGAAUAAAAAGGCUGCCAGAGCAGUGUACAAAAAUGACAAGACAGUCCCUGCCUUCAGGCUGAUAAAUCUUAAAGGACACAACACAAAAGGAAAAGGAACUGGGAGGGAGAAGGAAAACCAAGGCCGCAUUUCUAGUUACAAAGUUUAGCUGGUAGCAAUUAAUGAAGCUGGAUGUAAGCACAACAGACAGUCUGCUAUUUCCUCUGCAUCUGGUGGUUUCAGCCACCUCUUUCUCUGCAGUGCAGUUGCUUGAAAUACAGCACAUUAAUUGCUUGAAUUCCAGUGGCCCCAUCACCUGCUUUUCAGAUAAGAUGUCACAUUUGUUGAGUGCAUAUACAUAUCUGUAUAUGCCCUAUGUAGCAUGCGUCAUCACAUUCACUGUGGUCGUCCUGCAACAACCCCACUGCAUGCCUGAUAUGGCUUCCAUUUUGAACAGCAGCAAUAGAGACAGUAGAAGGUUUUUAACAUGUGAACAGCAAUUAGUGUAUGGGCUGCUUUGAUACAAGCACAAAUAUUAAUAAGGGGAAAGAGUUAGCUCCAGGGGUGAAGCAAUAAAUAAAUAUAUGUAAGUGAUACCCACUCAUUCCCCGCAAGUCAUUUAUGAACCAGCCUUCCUCCGACUCGAGAAAAUAAAAAAAAAGGCCUCUUAAUCUGAAUGCUUGCAUAGUAAGGUAAGCUGCAGGUCAUUUCAGGGUAUGGUUAAUAUAUUUUCUCCUUUGGAACCUUCUCAGAAUAUGGUGGCAAGUGGAAGAUGCUCCAUUAUUUUGCACAGCGCUUUUUCGCUCCUUUAUUGCCUGUGGCAUAUGAAGAUAAAGAUGUUCUCUACAUAUAUGGGAUCUCAGAUCUUCACACAGAUUAUGAGCUGACACUCAGAGUAAGUUCCACCUUGCCCAGUCUCUGAAGCUGGGUCUGGAAAGAAUUUUGGGGUUGGGCGGUGAGGGCUUUCCCCCAACCCUUCUAUUCAACCCAAAGCAAAACCUUAAGGAGACUAGCUCUAAAGAAAUACUCCCAGCUACGAAAUAAUGCUGCGUUUUGAGUUUUUAAGUGAGGUGUAAAUAUUUGAAUUGCAAGCUAAUGUUGUAGGAUUAUUGCCUGAAUAAAGGCAUCCUCCUGUCAAAGUUAAGAUCUUUUGAAGGCUAUUAAUUUUAAUAAGAGAAAUGUAAACGUGUGCUCAAUCUAGGUUGAGUUAUUUGUGUUUUAUUAAUGGCAAGGAAGCAUUCAUAAUGUGCCUUUAUUGUCUUGAACUCUUAACCUGCCUUGCAGGUCAGUCUGCAUGAUUGGGGUUUGACGGAGCCAGUGUGUACCUUGGCAGAAGAGAGUGUGCUCAUCAAGGGAGGAGCAGCUGUUCCCAUCUACAAGGAGCCAAUCAGUGACCUUCUGAAACAAUGUGGAAAUUGUACCAGGCAAAGCUGUGUUGUCACCUUUUCCCUUGAGGGUGAAGAGGAGCUCUCCAGCCCAAGCAAUUACCACUUCCUGUCCUCAUUGAAGGAUGCAGUGGGGUUAAAGAAUCCACAACUUCUUGUAAGCAACAAAAUUAUUUUGUUCAAGUAAUAACAUUCGUUCCUUGGCACACAAGUAGCAGUUCAUAGAACCACAGAGGGUAUAGAAUAACUGCGGUGAGAUGUCUUGGCUCAGAAGCUGUGUGUGAAGUCAGGAUACUGAACUCUGUGCAUAGUACCAAAGGACCUGUGAUUUCACUCUUAUGGAAGCAUUAUGUGCUGAUCCUUACAAAAGGUAAGGACGGAGCCUCAGAUGCCAUAUGCAAAGCUGUCUAAUUCCCAUCAUUUAUCGAUGUCAUGGAAUUGAACUUUUAUUGCCGUUUCUUGGUGUUUUUGCCUUAAAAUGGAGCGGUUACUUUGGAACACAGAAAGUGCUUCAUGUCUAAAUAAAAUGGCAUUCCUGCUUAAUGCUGAUUGCAGGUCCUGCCAAGGCUCCAUGUCUUCAGCAUGUCUGCAAAAUCAGGCUGAGCCAGCGCAAAUAGGAACUGUGAACAAGAAGAGUCCUUCUGCAGUAUGGAUUUAUGAGGCAGUAUUUCCUGAGACCUUUUGUGGGUUCCAUAAGAAGUAAUGGUGGGCACACUGGUGUGUCAUCUUGGCAAACCAAGACUUAACUGGCGCAGUUCUGGGGAAGAGUAAUUUCCUCCAUCUCCUGGAAUUGCUGAAGAGGAAACCAUAGUACAGUGGUAACCAAUGUAGGGUCCCUCCAGGUGUUUGGAGACUACAACUCCCAUUAACCCUGACCAUUGUUCAUACCGGCUGGGACUGAUGGGAGUUGUACAUCUGGAGUUACACUAGCGAUCCUUGCCGUAGUAUUAAACCGGUAUAAAAAUAAUGUUUAUAAUUCAGGUUUCAAGUAACAAGCGGCUCCAUAUGCCAUUAUUUCCUUUUCUGCAGACAAGCUUGUUGUGAGGAGGAAUAAAUUAUUAAAGCACAUUGUUUAUAAUAGGGAAUUUCUACUAGGCAAACUGCACAGAUAAUAAUCCUUUGCCCCCUCCCCUUCAGGCUUCUGUUUCCCAAGAAGGAGAUCAGUUUCAGAUUAUCCUGGAAGCCACAGCCAUCGCUCCUUAUGUUUGGUUGGAUGCUGGAAACAUCUCAGGAAGAUUCAGUGACAAUGGUUUCCUUCUCACUGAGAAACGAAGAGUCAUACUGUUCUACCCUUGGGAAACCACUAGCGCCAAAGAACUGGAGAAGUCGCUCAGCUUAACAUCAUUGACAGACAUUUCCUGA